AUGCAGCAGGGAAAUAGCCACCUUCACUGUCCUGGAGAUGAUUCACCUGGAUCGCCAACAGCCACCCAGUCAUUUUUGAUAUUGCAUGGGAGUGCGGCAGACUCUAAUACUCUAGGAAGAAGCCGAGUGUGGCAGGAUGUUUGGAUGAUGAUGAUGGCAAGGAAGCAAGAUGUUCGCAUUCCCACCUACAACAUCAGUGUGGUGGGGUUGUCUGGGACAGAAAAAGAGAAAGGGCAGUGUGGCAUUGGGAAGUCUUGCCUGUGCAAUCGGUUUGUACGGCCCAGGGCAGAUGACUUCCAUUUGGACCACACUUCGGUUCUCAGCACCAGUGACUUUGGAGGAAGGGUGGUUAACAAUGACCACUUCUUGUACUGGGGGGAAGUUGUGCGUUCUUUGGAGGACUGUGUGGAAUGUAAAAUGCAUAUUGUGGAGCAGACUGAGUUUAUUGAUGACCAGACUUUUCAGCCCCACCGCAGCACAGCCCUGCAGCCCUACAUCAAAAGGGCGGCUGCGACAAAACUCGCAUCAGCUGAAAAGCUCAUGUACUUUUGCACUGAUCAGCUUGGGCUGGAGCAAGACUUUGAACAGAAGCAGAUGCCAGAUGGGAAGCUGCUGGUGGACGGCUUUCUCCUCUGCAUCGACGUCAGCAGGGGUAUGAACAGGAACUUUGACGAUCAGCUCAAGUUUGUUUCAAACCUGUACAAUCAGCUCACGAAAACUAAAAAGCCCACUGUGGUGGUUCUGACAAAGUGUGACGAAGGAGUGGAGCGGUACAUUAGAGAUGCGCACACUUUUGCCUUAAGCAAAAAGAACCUCCAGGUGGUGGAGACGUCUGCCAGAUCCAAUGUGAACGUUGAUUUGGCUUUCAGCACUUUAGUGCAGCUGAUCGACAAAAGCAGGGGCAAAACUAAAAUUAUCCCUUACUUUGAGGCUUUGAAGCAGCAGAGCCAGCAGAUUGCUGCUGCUAAAGAUAAGUACGAGUGGCUGGUGAGCCGCAUAGUCAAAAACCACAAUGAGACUUGGUUGAAUGUCUCACGGAAGAUGCAGUCCUCCCCUGAGUAUCAGGAUUAUGUGUAUCUGGAAGGGACGCAGAAAGCCAAGAAGCUCUUCCUGCAGCACAUUCAUCGCCUCAAACAAGAACAUAUAGAGCGCAGGAGGAAGAUGUACCUUGCCUCGUUGCCCCUUGCUUUUGAUGCCCUUGUUCCAGACCUGGAUGAAAUAAACCACUUGAGCUGCAUAAAAAUGGAGAAGCUGCUGGAGACAAAACCAGACUUCUUAAAGUGGUUUGUUGUUCUUGAAGAGACCCCCUGGGAUGCCACCAGCCAUAUAGAUAACAUGGAGAAUGAGCGCAUUCCAUUUGACCUGAUGGAGACCCUGCCUGCUCAGCAGCUCUAUGAGGCCCACUUGGAGAAGUUGAGGAACGAGAGGAAAAGGGCAGAAAUGAGAAGGUCUUUCAAAGAGAAUUUGGAGACUUCCCCUUUCAUAACACCAGGAAAACCUUGGGAAGAAGCUCGCAGUUUCAUCAUGAACGAGGAUUUUUAUAUGUGGCUUGAGGAGUCUGUCUACAUGGAUAUUUACAGUAGACAUCAAAAGCAAAUUAUAGAGAGGGCCAAGGAAGAAUUUCAGGAACUGCUUUUAGAGUACUCAGAACUGUUCUAUGAACUGGAGCUUGAUGCCAAACCAAGCAAGGAGAAAAUGGGUGUCAUCCAGGAUGUGUUGGGUGAAGAGCAGAGAUUUAAAGCACUACAAAAGCUGCAAGCUGAGCGAGAUGCCCUGAUCUUGAAACACAUUCAUUUUGUUUACCACCCAACAAAGGAAACCUGUCCCAGCUGCCCAGCUUGCAUAGAUGCUAAAAUCGAGCACUUGAUAAGUUCUAGGUUUAUCAGGCCAUCUGAUCGCAAUCAGAAAAACUUGCUUUCAGAUUCCAAUAUAGAUAGAAUCAAUCUAGUCAUUCUUGGUAAAGAUGGACUUGCACGUGAGCUAGCAAAUGAGAUUCGAGCUCUUUGCACAAAUGAUGACAAGUAUGUGAUAGAUGGGAAGAUGUAUGAGCUCUCCUUGAGACCUAUAGAGGGUAAUGUCAGACUUCCUGUUAAUUCUUUCCAGACACCAACAUUUCAGCCGCAUGGUUGCCUCUGCCUUUAUAACUCUAAGGAAUCUCUGUCUUACGUUGUUGAAAGUAUUGAAAAGAGCAGAGAGUCAACCCUUGGCCGAAGGGACAACCACUUAGUUCAUCUUCCUCUGACUCUGAUUCUGGUCAACAAGAGAGGAGAUACCAGUGGAGAAACACUACACAGUUUAAUACAGCAAGGACAGCAGAUUGCCAGUAAGCUACAAUGCGUCUUCCUCGACCCUGCUUCUACUGGCAUUGGAUAUGGGCGUAAUAUUAAUGAAAAGCAGAUCAGUCAAGUUCUGAAAGGCUUGCUGGACUCAAAGCGAAACUUAAAUCUCAUGAGCUCAACAGCAAGCAUUAAAGAUCUGGCCGAUAUCGACCUUCGGAUUGUCAUGUGCUUGUUGUGCGGAGAUCCUUUUAAUGCAGAUGAUAUUAUUCUACCUAUUCUUCAGUCCCAAACCUGUAGGCCUUCCCAGUGUGGAAGCAGCAAUUCUGUCUUACUUGAAUAUCCCAUAGGACCACACAAGAGGCGUAUAGAACUCUCCUUGCUUUCAUACCAUUCCUCUUUUAGCAUUAGGAAAAGCUGGUUGGUCCAUGGCUACAUUUUGUUUUAUUCAGCUAAACGUAAAGCAUCUUUGGCUAUGUUACGUGCCUUUCUUUGUGAAGUGCAGGACAUUAUCCCUGUUCAGAUAGUGGCACUCACUGAUGGCUCAAUAGAUGUUCUAGACAAUGAUUUAAGCAGAGAACAGUUAACCGAGGGAGAAGAAAUUGCCCAGGAUAUAGAGGGAAAGUUUACAACCAUACCUUGUAGUCAACCUCAGCAUAAACUAGAGAUUUUUCAUCUGUUUUUCAAAGAUGUGGUGGAGAGAAAAAACAUCAUUGAAGCUACCCACAUGUACGAUAAUGCUGCUGAAGCGUGCAGCACCACAGAAGAAGUGUUCAAUUCACCCCGGGCUGGCUCGCCUCUCUGUAAUUCAAACCUUCAUGAUUCAGAAGAAGAUAUUGAGCCUCCAACCUACAGCCCUUUCAGAGAUGACACAUCCAUGCCCACUUUGUCCAAAGAUCUUUCUAAACUUUCCAUGGAGUUGGAGGGGAAUGAUGGUCUUUCUGUCUUUUCUGCUAUGAGCACUUUUGAAAGCAAAUUGAACAACAAAGUACCUCCGCCAGUGAAACCAAAGCCCCCUGUCCACUUUGAUAUUAAGGGGGACCUCUCCUAUUUGGAUCAAGGGCAUCGGGAUGCACAGAGGAAGUCCAUGUCUUCGACCACGUGGCCACCUACAGAUGGCUUUGACCCUUCCGAUUAUGCGGAACCCAUGGACGCAGUAGUCAAACCAAGGAACGAGGAGGAAAAUAUCUACUCUGUGCCUCACGACAGCACCCAAGGCAAAAUCAUCACCAUUCGUAACAUUAACAAAACCCAGUCCAAUGGCAGCGGCAACGGGUCGGACAGUGAAAUGGACACAAGCUCCUUAGAACGAGGCCGGAAGGUGUCCAUCAUUAGUAAACCAGUGUUGUAUCGGACAAGAUGCACGAGGCUUGGGAGAUUUGCCAGUUACAGGACCAGUUUCAGUGUAGGGAGUGAUGAUGAAUUGGGGCCAAUUAGGAAGAAAGAAGAAGACCACACUUCCCAAGGAUAUAAGGGAGAUAACGCUGUCAUUCCAUAUGAGACGACUGAUGAAGAUCCUAGGAAAAGAAACAUCUUACGUAGCUUGAGGAGGACAACAAAGGUAACUUAAUACUUUCAACGUGUUUUUAAUUUUAAUUUUCAAGGUUUUCUACUAAGAUAAUCAGGGUUACAAUACGAGUGCAAACAUUCAAAUUGUAUGAAAUACGAACAGCUCUCUUACCUAUUCAGCAGUCUGUAUAUGAGAGAAAAUUGUAAAGGAUGCCAUCAAAUUCUUUCCAGGGUUUGUUUGGAAACUGAAAACAAAUGUGCAUUUUCACUUUCAUUUUUUUUGGGGGGGGGAAAUAUUUUCUGAUGACCUUUCCUGAUCAAGAUGAUAGAUUAGAUGUGUCUGCUUUAUAAGGGUGGAAAAUGUGUUGUAAUGAAAGGUUAUAAAUUGUUUCCCCCUUUACAUUCCGUUUUUCAUUUUCAAGUCCAGCUUCUAAAAGCAAAUUGGGAACAAGUAGCAGCUGAUUCCUUCUUAUGGAAUAGAGAAUUUUGAAGAACAUUUGUCUGGCAUGCAGUGUGAAGCUUGUGUUUAAACUUACUAUUUGGGAGCAUCAUUGUUGUUCUAAAAUGGAAUGACUUGAAAUAUCCCAUCCAGAAUGUGCAGAGAAGCCAGUCAAACAGCAGCUUUUAAUCUUGUAAAUAGGAUAUGUGGAAAGCUAUUUUUCAUGUAAGAUUUAUCUCUUCGUUUCAAACUUUUCUUUCACUGAGUUAUUUUCUUAAUUUGGGUUUUUUCCAUUGCAACACAAACAGCUACUGAACAGAAGUAGGUUCAUUUCUUUUAUGCAAAGACUUUUGUCUCUUUAAACAAUGUCGUGACUGCUUUGCAAAACAGUGGUGAUUUCAUACUUGCAGCAGCUGUCCUCUUGCCAGCAGGGUAUACUUCUCUUCAUUGGCAUUAGAGCCCUGUUCCUGGAAGAGGGGAAAAAACACAAAGGCAGACUGAACUGGUAAAACCCCUUUUGAGGAAGCUUCAGUAGUAGCUUGGAGCUUUCUUUUUCUUGCAGGUUUUUAAUAUAUUUAUAUAUAUAUUGCUUCAGAAUUCUGUAAUGGCAUAAUACAGUGGAAGCUGGAAAUAUAAAAAGUUAAAAGCCUAAUUUCCUCUUCCUGAAUCCCAUGAUGGUUUUCUGCAUCUCCCAGUAGGAAAGCAAAUGUUAAUAAGAAAGAAUAUGAAUGCCGUUAACUCUUCUGUUCUGGUGUAGACUGUGUGUGCAUACCACAGCACCUAUUUGAACUCCCAGUAAAGAGAGAGUAGACUUGGAUGUGUAAAGGAGAGUGGAGGUCAGCCCUCUAAGCAUUUUCAUGAAGGUGUAGAAGCAAUAUCUAGAAGUGUUAGCUUACCCCUCGGAAAACAACCAAAAACUCUGACUGGAAUGCAUUCAAAGGCCGAGGGGAAAGGGUUGGGAGGUGCUAACCUACUGCAUAGCCAGCAGAGGGAGCACAAGUUAACUGCCAGACAUAACUUCCAAAGCUUAAAAGCUGAUGCAAGAACAGUAAAUUGAAAGCUUUUGUGAAUUUCAAGCCUUGUUGGCAGUUUCAAGCUCUUGGUGGCAUCUCGCUUUUUAAAUAGCAUAUUCGUUCAAGUUAGGAGUGUUAAUAUUUGAGCUCCUAAGGAAGGUAUCAACAGGCAACUUUCUCCAUGGGUCUUAAAACAUGAGGCUCUUCAGUGUUUGCAUGCUCUGAAAAGCAGCCUUGUUUAAGCAGCAGCACCUACUCACCAGUCUGCUAGGAAAGCCUGGAAGUCAGCACAGACAUGCUUUCUCAUCACCCAGAGUGGUUUGUAGCUUCAGCGACACUAACAACUAUGCCGAUCUGCAAGUGAUAAUCACAAUAAGUUUAAUGCUAAGUUUGAUAACCAAAUAAGGUUGGUACAGACAUACAGUACUUUCAUUUUUUAAAAAAAUGAAUAGUUAUUCCUUCUCAAUGUGUUGUGAAUCGCCCUGAGAUGUGUGGAUGAAUGGCGUUAUGCAAAUUUAGUUAAUAAUAAUAAUAAUAAAAGCUAGCAUGUCAAGCAGUGUUAGAAACUGAGAUACGAAAGCUAGGAAAUAAAUGGCACCUUAAACCUAGGUUUUGGGCGCAGCAACAGAAUGUCUAGAUGCACUUUUUUAUAACAAGCAGUGCUGAAAAUGAAUGAACUGCAGCUAAAAUAUUAUGUUCAUUUUUCGCAUGGUCUAGUCCUUCCCCUGCCCACCGCCCCAAUAUUCUUAAGAGGGUCUCUUCUCUAGUCUUCAGAGAGUAGCUGGAAGUGGGGGGGGGGAGGGGAGAAAAAAGCCCUCCUUUCCUUCCACUCUGUAGUUUUAAUCUGAAAUCUUAGGCACAGUACUGCGCCCAGAGCUCAGAAACUGCUCGCAUUAAUGAAAUUCCCUAUCACAAAAUGCACUUAGAACAAUGCGAGUUUUGAGCACUGGUGUUCUGCAUUUCCCUCCCUCCAAAUUCUCUACCUCAGUUGGUACUUAACUUAAAAUUCUCCCCCAUCUUGCUUUGCUGGGACCCUGGUCCAAAGCAUACACAGCAACAGUUGCUUUUUAUAACAGAAAAAGAUGUUGAAAGAUCUAUUCACAGAGCUCCCAUCUCAUAUGUAGUUUGACUCUCCAUCUUCUGCCUCAGUGUCGCAUGUAUUUUCACUGUCAGUCUAGAAAGUGACUUAAAUUUAGCAGACAUUUUCUGAGUACAUUUUUGUCUUCGAAGAGCAAUCUGCAGAGCUUAGGCUCCAAAUUCUGCAGAUUAUUUUCUUAACAUCUCAUCAGAUAGUACAGCUUGCUCCAGGGCAGAUUAUAUUACUUGUACUUCUUAAAGUGUGUUGGAACAGCAGCUUUCUUUCCUGGAAUCUUAGAUUGUCCUAAUGGGGCAAAAUGUCUGUCAGGAGUGCAGAACCUUUUCUGGCUAAUGGGCCAGAUCCUUAGCUCCCUACCCUUAAAGGGGAAAAUUUUACAGAUGAGCAGGGCUGCUUACCUGUCAGUCACCUGAUGUUAUUAUAGUGAUGUUGGGUGAUGUUGCACUUGGAAGUCCCAAGUGUUGGGACUUCAAAGUGCAGCUCAGGACUGCUUGAGAGCUCUUUUGCAAACAGUCCCGGUUUGCAAACCAGAGGUUUAAAGAGCAGUGCAGGUCUGUUUGCAAAACUGUUUCUGAACAACUUUUUGCUACGUUUCCCUGUUUCCAGCAGGGGAACAAACACAUGCCGCCAAACAGCAGGAUUGAACUCUUUGCUCACUAGUUGCUGAGCAGAGGGUUCAAUCUUAAUGGUAGCAAGGAUCUGGUUUGCCCAAUAUGUUCCCAGCAAGGAUUGAAUACUACCCUCCUGCCCAUCAGAUAAUGGCACCCAGUGACAUUAGCUGAUGAACAAGUGGGGAUUGUUUAAGGAAAAUUGCCUUGUAGGCCAACUUGGACCCCUUAUGAUCAUGAGUCAUUUGUGGGCUGGAGGUUCCUCAUCACUGAAGUAAGUACAUGUUCACAAACUCUUGGAAGGGAUAUGUUGGUAGAGAUGAUGGCAAAGUUUCAAAUUGUAAGCUUGGUCUGUUCUCUGGCUUAAUUUAUUCCUUUGUACAUUUAUUAGUGAUGCAUUGCAUCCUUAACAGCUCAGCUGUGUUCUGUUGAUAUCUUUACACUUUCCUCUUUUAUGUAUGUGCAUUUCCCUCCCCAAAAAACAUUGUCUAUAUUUGCACUAGGAAGUCUUACCAUAACACUGCCCCUGCUACAUAGGUAGAUUCUUAAAUGCUCUGUUGCCUCCAUCAGGUCCCUGUAUCACAGAUUUCUUCUUUUUUCAAUCACAUUGAUUUUUUUAAAAGGUUUUUUUUAGUAAUAAAUCUCUUCCCCUUUCUAUCUGCAUUCUUAGGCUGCAAGUUUAGUAGCUGACUCAGCAUAUGGUCUUAAGCCAGUUGUGUACAGAGACAGUAACUUAAUUUUAUCUAGAUUUCUCUGUUAAUGGCAACAAAAUGAUACUGCAUUUUUACAAUGAACUAUAAACUGCUUAGUCUAGUAGGUCAAUCGGACUCCGCUGUUGAUCACAGCAAGAAUGUUACCAAAUUUCACCGUUCCAAAAUUAAGUAAUUGGCUAUGGCCCAGAUCAUUAUUGAAGCAGGUUUGUAGCACACACCUUCCCAUUGGCACUAAUUGAUCGUCAUGUUGGCAGUCUCAUUAAGUUGACCAUGAAAGCGUUAUUUGGAUGCUUAGCUCACUUAAUCUAUGUCAAGAUAGUGAAAACCCAGAACUUCGACGUUCAGUUUCAUCCAAAAAAUAUUUUAGCUAAGAACAUUUAUAACAUAGAGCAGGCGUUUAUUUCCUUUUCUGUACUCUAACCCUGCUGAAGAUAGUUCCUCCUACUAGAAUGUGUAAAACUAAGAAUAUAGUCCUUUUGAAUAGAAUGUCUCCUGGAAUCAUUCUGCAUUUUUUAGAAUUAUGUCAUCGUAAUAUGCUGAUUGCACAGUGUAGAAUGGUAGUUAAACUGGGUUUACAGCUCCCAGUUGUCUUUGACAUGCAAGUCACAUCUAUGUAUUGGUUAUGAGCUUCACUGUGUGAAUUGCUCUUCAGAGUACUUCUUGAAAUUGUUACAAAGUGAUCUAGUGUUCUCACUGCCCAUGUUAAUACAUAAUAAGUCAGACCUUCUGCCUUAACCAUAGUUUACUGUGAACCACUACUGUGCAGUCAAAUCCAUAAUUCUUUCCCAAGCUCCUCCUUGAAGAAUUACGACAAAGAAGGGUAUGUGAAGUGGUCAACCUCAGUGGUUCCAAUUAGCUAAGUACUGCAGAUCCCUUGCUUUUUUCAAAACCCAAACCAUGGACCCCCUACUUUUGAAAAGUUUGAUAUCUGUGGUAAUUUUUGUUAUGUGAAUGGUGCCACAAUGGGUUACCACCAAUUGGGAACCACUGAUCUACCCCAUUAAACAUUUGGUGGAUACUUGAUUGUGUGACGAAUAUGUUGUGUAUUCUUUAUGCACUGUUUUCCACACCCUUUUCUUCUUGGCUAUGAGCCAGGAAGCAGGAGUCCCAAGGCAGGUUCCAAAUGAGUCUCUAACAUAUUGAUAAAUAAUAAACAGCAUUCUCUGCAGCCCUUUUGCUGCAAUCCUUUUAACGCUGGGUUGAGGUUCACGCACCUGCUGCUUUAUAGAAGCUGUAAGCAUGCAAGAGGAACUGGGAGGCCUGCCUGCCAUUUAAAGACAAUGUAGUGAGUACGAAGAAUAGUUCCAUCGUGUUGGAUGGUCAUAGAUCUUCAAAUGGUUCUGCUUAUUGCUUCAGUAAUACUGGUGGUGAAAUCUAUGAUCUGGCAUGUGUGAUGCCCCCCCCCCAGCCAACAUACAUGUGUGUAAAUGUGUAGCGCAGAGGACUCCUUAAUGUUUUUUCAUAGCUAAGAAUUCACUAGGCUAAAUGAAGGUAAACUCUGGAAUGGUGUUGCUUUCUCUUCGCUGGACUGCUUGCUGCUGCUGUGUAACAUUUUAAUGGCUCCCUAAUGACAGACACAUGCCUGGCUGAGGGUAGCGGGCUCAGACAUCUGGCAAGCACUGAUGCGAUGGUAUUUCCAGCAGGGACUUCUUGCUUUUAACCCUUUUGAUGACUGAAACAUUUGUUAGGUCCCUGGUUGCGAUUAUGAAAGUUUAGGAAGUUGCCUCAUACAAGGUCAAAUUCUUGGUCCCUGUAGGCCAGGGGUGACUAACCUGAGGCCCUCCAAAUGCUAGUGGAUUCCGCCUCCCAGCAGCCCCAGUCAGCAUGGGAGCUGUACUCAACAACAUUUUUGGGGGGGGGGGGGCACAGAUUAGCUAUUCCUGAUCUAGGCUCAGUGUUGUCUACUUUUGACUGGCAGCAGUUCUCCAGGGUUCCCAAGCAGGGGUCUUUCCCAUCACCUGCUGCCUGUCCCAUUUAUUUAUGCCAAUACAAUCAAAAUAACUUCAUUGUACUAGCCAUUGGCCAUGACAAAUUGGAAUAAAAAUUAAAUACAGGCAAAAGCACAACUUUUAGUCUCUAUUUAGAUCUCUGCCUCUCCAUUACAGUUCACUGCUGUAUUGUCCAGGGUCUCCUUUCUGAUCCUUCUGGCUGCCAAAACCAGUAUUUUUGCCCUCCCUACUAACUGAAGCUCUUGAGGCGGCUUACUAGAUAGUUGAAACACAAUAAAAUAGAUAUUGACACAGUAGUCACUGCAGCAGGGCAAAGGUGUAUGUACUGUAUGUAAGCCGCCACCUAUGUUCUCUGAUGUUAAAACAAAUUGCAUUCUGCAACUGAGUCUCCUGGCCUGGAACUGACUGUUGAAGAAGCUACAUGUUAGUCCCACACAGGCCAGGACUUCCUUGCUGGGUGGAUGCUGCUGCUACUGCUGCUGCUGUCUUUCACAGCCCUGGGGGCUGCUGGGGGAGCUAAGAUGUUACAUGCCUUCCUGAAGUUGCUGGGGAUUGAAUGUGGGACACUUUCUCUGCCAGGCAUGUGCUCUGCCACUGAGCUUUCACCCCUUCCUUUAUUGUGAUGUAGUGUGCAUUUUUAUUAACAUUUUAACCUGUUUGUCUGGGGCCUCAAAGCAGAAAGCUGUGGGCAGGUCUUAAAUGUCCAGGAGCAGGGGGAGCUUGGCAUAUAUUCUGGUGGCUGCAUGCCAUUUUUGCCCAUGCCUCCAUUUUGGUUAAGUGUGUGGCUAGAAAAGGUCAUAGCUAAUUGAGCCCUUGCACUAGUUCUGUGAUUUGGUCUAGGUUUCAUCCCAAGUUAGAUAGCUGUGUCUUGCUCCCUUGGGCAGCUUGGCCAGGGAAAUGAGGCUGGAAUCCCAAGCCCGUUUCACUUUAUAGUCAGCCUUGAAGUAAUAGCUGCAGAGCGCUAGGUAUUCCAUCACUUUUCCACUAAUGCUGUUGGUGAACAGAGAGAAAUGUUGCCAGUUGAUUGAACCCCCAUGCUUUUGUCACUUAAUAUUGCAUCCCAUUUACUACUUUAAGAAGCAGGGGGGGAAUUCAUAGCUUUGAGAUUUGUAUUAGGCUUUCCUCCUGCUGUGCUGUACAUCAUUAAAAUGAUGUACAGUGUGAAAGCUUUUCACUGAUUUGAGUCAUCACAAUUAUACUCUCCUAUCUCAUCUCAGCGCUAGAUCUUUUUUCUUUUCUUCUGCUGAGGUGUUGAUUGCAAAUCAUCGGUGCUUUUAAAAGGUAUGUUUCCUUUUGCUGUUUCUUCCUUUUGUUGUUUCUUCAGGCCAUGAUCAAAUAUAUAGUCCUGUUUGCAUUGCCUGCUGGAUUUGUUUGCGCUGGUGGGGGAACUUCUGUAGCUUUAGGCAGUACAUCUUUGCAUUAAUGUGGGCAGCUUCCUAAAGGGCAUGGGCUGAGUUCGUUUAAUCUUGAUACAUAAUCUGCCAUGGGGGACUUAACUUCUGGCUCAACAAAGUUUUUUAUAUGUCCAGCGUGAAAGAAUGAGGAAAAAAGUGUGUGGCAAACUGGAGGUGGGCCGACAAAUUGAAACUGAAUCCAAACAGGAUGGAGCUGCUGUGUCUUCAAAGUUCCUGAGACCAGGAAGCAGGAAUACCACCUGUUCUGGAAUGGGUUGCACUCCCCUGGAAAGAGCAGGUGCAUAGCUUGGAGGUGCACCUUGAUCCACCAUUGCUUGGGAGUGCCUAUUUCAAGCUACAGCAUUUCCUGAAGGAGAAGUUUGCAACAGUGAUCCAUGCCCUGGUAACCUCCAGAUUGGACUAUUGUAAUGUGCUGUUUGUAGGCUACCCUUGAUGAGGGUUCUGACCUUUUAACCUUUACUGGACUAAAUAACAACUCCCAUCUGCUGUAUUGCCAUUUUUGGCUGAUGUUUGUAUGGAUCUUAAUGUUUCAACUGUUAUUUUACUCUAGCAUAUAUGAUUUUUAAAUAUCCCAAUCUUGGGGCCUUAUAAAUUCAUGCAUCACAUACUUUGUACAUUAUAUUCAUUUGUGAAGAUGCUUGACACGAAAUCAGAGUUGAUGUGUCUGUGGUCGGAUCCAGCACGGCUGCUCUUACGUUUUUAGGUACUUAAAUGUGUGGCUUAUCCUGUGAAGUCAAAAAUAUUAGUAAAUAUUCCCUAAUGUUUGAGGUGCUGCUAAUUUAUUUCUCACCCAAUGCAAAAAGAGAUAAAAGGCAGUUUAUAUUAAAUGACAGAUUUAAUAGCUGGUCUUCUUCUUCUUCUUUGGCAAUCAUUUGUAACCGAGUAGGAUUGUCUUCCAUGAACACAGUCUUAAUAGUGAGUCUGUAAGUGACUGUGGAGGCCAAUUCUAGAUUCACACAUCUUUCCACAGUGGGGACAUAGGUUUCCAGGUGGGAGUUGAUUGUGGUGAGGGUUUGCCAAACGUGCCUUCCUCUUAGCAUGUAACUCCCUUUCAUCCUGAGUUCAAGUAUCGUGACACCUCUGGUAAAGGCUGUUCUUCAAUUGGAACGCUCGCUGGCCAGUGUUUCCUAAUUGUCGGUGUUUAUACCACAUUUUUAAAAGAUUUGCCUUGAGUGAGUCUUUAAACAUCUUUUGUUGACCACCAGCAUUACGCUUUCCAUUUUUAAGUUCGGAAUAGAGUACAGUGGUACCUCGGGUUAAGUACUUAAUUUGUUCCGGAGGUCCGUUCUUAACCUGAAACUGUUCUUAACCUAAAGCACCACUUUAGCUAAUGGGGCCUCCUGCUGCCGCCGCACCACCGGAGAACAAUUUCUGUUCUCAUCCCGAAGCAAAGUUCUUAACCCGAGGUACUAUUUCUGGGUUAGCAGAGUCUGUAACCUGAAGCGUAUGUAACCCGAGGUACCACUGUAGUUGCUUUGGAAGACGAUAAUCAUACAUCCGAACAACAUGACCAACGAAAUUGAUGUCGAAGAAUCAUUGCUUCGACACUGGUGGUCUUUGCUCCUUCCAGUACACUGGCAUUAGUUCUCCUGUCUUCCCAAGUGAUAUGUAAAAAAAAUUUUGAGACAUCGUUGAUGAAAUUUUUCGAGGAGUUGCAUAUGGCAUUUAUAAGUGGUCCAUGUUUCACAAGCAUACAGUAGGGUUGAUAGCACAGUAGCUUUUUAAACAAGCAUUUUGGUUUCCCCGUGAAUGUCCCAAUCUUCUGCUUUUCAAUCUGGAGAAAGCUACACUCACCAAGCUCAGGCGAUGCAGGAUUUUGGCAUCAGUGCCAGCCCUUUUGGAGGAGCCCAGGGAGGAGAAGUGAUUGACACUUGUGGCACUGCUGAGUGGUUGUUUAGUGCUUGUUGGUGCAGCACUUUGGUUUUUUUGGAUGUUGAGUGAUAGACCAAGCUAUCUGUAGGGUUCUGCAAAGAUAUUUAGGAUGGCUUGGAGGUCAUCCUCUGAGUGUGCACACAUUAUGUUGUCAUCAGCUUAUUGUAGCUCUAUAACAUAAGUUAUGGUAACCUUACUCUUUACUUUCAGCCUACUCAAAGAGCUUUCCAUCUGUCCAAUAUAUGAUUUCUACCCCAGUGGGGAGUAUGGUAUAUGAUUUCCCCAGUGGUAUAUGAUUUCUACCCCGGUGGGGAGUUUCCCUUCGACAAAGUGUAGGAUCAUGGCAAUGAAAAUAAUAGAGUUGGGGUGAAAACACAACCCUGUUUAACACCUGAUCCCAUUGUGAAUGGUUCGCUUUGAGAGCCAUUGUUAUCUGUGAUUGUUGCUGUCAUAUAAUGGAGAAGCUGAAGGAAUUUAGUAUAAAAGCACAGUUUAGGGUCCUGAAUCAACAGUCAGAUAGUGGUCCUAAUUCUGAUUGCCCCUGCUAAGAACCUAGCAACCUUGGCUGUUAUCUGCUCUGUUUGGUCUGCCAGGAGAAAAGACACUGUGACAGUGGUUGUGCACCCUGGGAUGGUCAGUACGAGUGGGGUGAUGAUCUCGUUGGAGGACAUGUGCCACUGUUUCGGUGCUGCUGGCUCCACAAGGGCAUAGGCGUUUCUCAUGCGAGAGCUUUUGGAAUCGGCCCUCAAGUAUAGCAGAUGACAAAACGUUCAGUCUUGCGAGUGUGAAAGUAUGUCAGUUUUUUGGGAUAGCUAGUUGGCCCAUUUAUUGUGGCUUUAAAGAAACUCUUUGCAUCAUGAAUGUCUGCUAAGUGCUGGAUCUCUUGAGCUUUUUUUUAAUCUACCAGGCGUUCUUUAGUUCUCUGGUUCUUCUUUGACCCUCAGCCUUAGCAUUAGCAUAGGUUUCUUUCUUCGUGGCGCAGUUUCUAUAUCUUUGCCAGAUCUGAAAGGCCUUCCUUUUCUUGUCAAUAACGUGUUCAAUCUCACUAUCAUUCUCAUAAAACCAUUCCUGUUGUUUCUUGGUUUGGUAUCCAAUGGUUUGUUCACAGGCUGCAAUAAUGGAUGUUUUUAGCUUGGUCCAGUGUUCCUCAGUGGUAUCAGGGAACUCAGAAAGCAGAUGGUUCUUAAGAGUCAUUUGGAAGCAAUCCCGCUUAAUCUUGAAGGGUUGAGUGUUCAUUUUGUGCCAUGGUUUCCUUCCUUGAAGUCUGUGUUGAGGUAUAAUCUUGAUAGCCAUCAUGGAGCAUAUUAAUUGGUGAUCUGUCCAGCAUGAAUGGUGAUGAAUGGUGUACCCAUUAGGAAAGGAUAGGGCAUAGGCUCUUACUGUUAAGUUUCAGUUACCUGGUUUAUUUUCUUAAUAUGCUCUCUAAUGUCUUUGGCAGAAAAGCUCUUUUCUGUCAUUGGUGUCUGAAAAUAAAUUGCCACCCCUCCCCCUGUUGUUGUAUUGUUCUACGUAUCCUUCUGUCACCAGAGCUCUGGAGGGAGGAAGUUAUAUGGAAACAGACUAAACAGGAAGUGAUCAUUUUUUAGCUAGGAAUGGGGUAUAGACAAUGGAGGAGGGGAGUUGGGUGGGUGGGAAGUUUCCUGGGGCCACAUGGUUCAACAGAUGUCUUCAAGGGAAGCUGUUGGCUAGGAGUGAGUUAAUCUCCUCUCUUGAGCUCAAAAUAAUAGAACACCUGCCCUUGUAUAGCCCUUUUUAUCAAGCUGGAAACCUCCUUGCAGUUGAGUCAUACACUACAUAUUGUGACUUUUCAAUUAGUGCAGCGCGUCCAUCUUCCCCGGGUUUCCUGCCAACUUCCUCAUCUGGAGAGAAUAUUAUGAACAACUAUUUUUAAGAUAAAGUGAUUUUUUUUAAAAAAAACUCUUUUUAAAAAACAUUAUCUGAUAACCUGACAUUGAUAGAUAAUGCAAUAUAUUUUAAAAUAUUGAUAUCACGGCUACCCAAACGACAUUGCAUGGCUUUCAUGUGAUGUCCCAGAACCCCAAAUAGCAAUAGCAUAAUUAGGCACAUUCCAGAGCUAAUUCAUGAGGGAGUACUCUGGCUGCUAACUCCUCCUUUUAGUUUAGUUUUGUUUUGUUUUAUGCAAAUACUGACGACCAAACUACACAUGGCAGCCAUAGCAGGAUCAACCAACAUUGUUGUAUGUUUUUUCCUUUACUAGAAGUGGGGGAUUUAGAUUGAGGCUUCAGCAUGGGGAGUUUAACCCAACUGUGUUGACUACGGAUUAGAUUUUGGGCUCAGUUCAAAGUGCUGGUUUUGAUCUUUAAAGCCCGGUACAGCUCGGGACUACAAUAGCUCAUGGACUGUCUCUCCCCAUAUCAACCAACCAGGACGCUCCUUGCCAUUCAGGGAUGCUUUGCAGCUGGCAAGGCAUCUUGGCUGAGUGGGGCGCGGUUCACAGAAAGAGCCAAAAGUUGCUGAUCUAGCAAAGCCGGUAGAAUGACUCUGCUUUCCUACUUUUCAUCUCUGCUGCAGAAUGGUGUAAUAGUAAUAUCUGUUGUGUCACCAUAGGUCAUAGCUACAGGAAAAGAGAGCCGCUUCAGUUUCUGGAGCACAGGUCUUAAAGGAAAAUUAGCCAUGGAAAUCCACCUAGGAAAACAAAUGAGGAAUCCAGCUGAGACUUUAGGUACCAUGUACCUUAAGUGUAAUGCAGAAAAAUGGGAAUUGAAAAUAUAGGGAAACUUGCCUCCCGCCCACAUCUAAUACCUUAAUGGAAUUAUGACUUUUUCCAGACUUUUGGUAGAAUGGGAAUGCACAAGUGAGAGUGUAAGAGCAAACUGUGGCGGGGAGAAAUUCAGGUACUCCACUAACCAAGGAUUCUAAAACGUUCUGAAGGCAGCCCUGUUUAGGGAAGCUUUUAAUGUUUAAUAGGUUAUUGUAUUUUUGUGUCUUGUUGGAAGCCGCCCAGAGUGGCUGGGGAAACCCAGCCAGAUGGGCGGGGUAUAAAUAAUAAUAAUAAUAAUAAUAAUAAUAAUAAUAAUAAUAUAUUAUUAUUAUUAUUAUUUUAUUAUUAUUAUUAUUCUGACAUUUAACACUUUUGCAAGCCCAGCAGUAUUAGUAUUAGUAUCUAAAAAUUAAAUACUUUGACUGCUAGAGUUUUUGAAGUAACGUUUGUCUUUCUGCUGUUAAUUGAAUUUUAUUUGAUAAAAUGAAUUUGAUGGAGGGUGGAUAAAAAGUCUCAUGAAAAAUGAAACAAAAUAAUUUUGCAGCCUGGAAAGGACCAUAGACCUGCGGGAUGGCUCUUGUUCUAGUGUCUGAGGUUCUAGCUAGCAGGGAAUAGCCAAUUAAAUGUUGCUGGAUUACAACUCCCAUCGUUCCUGAUCAUUGGCCGUGCUAGCUGGACCUGAUGAGAGUCUAGAAGGCACCACGUAUUGAGAAGAUACAUUUGCCCUUCCAUCUCUCCCUAAGCAGGCCAUUCUGUUUUUCUGUUUGCUGCUUGUGGUUUGUUUUUCCUGCUUUUGAAGUAGAAGCUUUUCCUUGGUACUCCAAGUAAACUUCUGUGGAGCCACACUCUCCCCCCCCCCCCCCCCGCCAUCACACACUUUGACUCAAAGGCUCACCCGGAUAGAGUUUGUGAAUCACUGUCACUUGACCUGAGGCUUUGUGCCUUCCUUGCCUGUUGCUCUUAGCUGUUCUUGGCACAUUGUUGCUUGAGAAUAAGACUGCUUUAGACGGAAACAAUCCUUAUUUGUUUGCUGUUCUUUAUCCACUGUGGGAAGAAAAUACCUGUUGGCUUCACAGCAUUUUUUUGUAAGUGAACAAAAUGUAGCUUGCACCAUAGCAUUUUGGAAGAGGAGGCUCAGAAAGUUUCCUUGUUGGAUUUUGUAUUUGCUGCGAUUUCACUCCCUGCUAGUCAGGUGUAAAAGGUAUCUGGUGUUCAAAUUAUUUUUAUUACUGUGUAGCAUUUGCUGUGGCAGGUGGUAUCAUUCCAAGUAGUUUAAAAAUGUUUCCUUCUAAGCUUUAUUUUUAAAUGUUUCCUUUUUAUUUUUAAAGUAUUAUAUAUAGUUGUAUGAACUCACAUUCUACUUACGUAGCAAUAGCAACCAUAGCUUUAUAGCAAAUUGAGCGCAUAUGUAUAAUCAGAAGUACAGCUUGUUUUUGACUAACAAGUUAAAUUGUGUCUUUUAUCGCCCCAGUUUCUUAAAUUAUUGACCUUUUGGCUAUUUAGGUAAAGCCUCAUUAAAUCCAUUGCUUCAUUAUUUAUAAUGUAUGUUUCCAACAAUAUUAACUCUGGUAAAUUCUUCUCUACAGAAACCAAAGCCUAAGCCUCGGCCAUCUAUCACAAAGGCUACAUGGGAGAGCAACUAUUUCGGGGUGCCUUUGUCCACUGUAGUGACACCAGAGAAGCCCAUCCCCAUUUUUAUUGAGAGAUGCAUUGAAUACAUUGAAGCAACAGGUAAGAUCUUUGUAGCAAGAGAUGAUGUUGUUAGUUUAUUUUAAUGCCACAUCUCAUCUGUGAAGGCCCCUUGGUUGGUUCAGAAAGAGUAUAUGGCUCCAUUUGCAUUUUGUGGGUGGGUGGGCAAAGGUGGGAAACUUAUAGUUUAGUAGCUAUGAAAGCUCUUGCAUGUACCUUAAUUUAGCAGUGUAGUUUGUGUACCUUUGGUCAAACUUUAUUGAAGAUCCUUGGUAAAAUGUCACUUCGGUUGUGCAUUGAAUUCUGGGUAAAAUGAGCCCGCAAUGGAUUUCAUAGAAAAAUGUGGCGGCGGCAGCAAAUGAUUGCUUUUAAGAACCAAAAUAAACUCCAAACAUUAUUUAUACUAAGCACUUUCUAAACAUCAUUUUCUCUUAUCUGUAUUGGUUUUAAAGAAUUAAAAGGGAAUGUUCUACAAACAGAUUAGCAUCUGCAGAGAAGUGAAACAGUUUAUUGUUUUAACAGUAUUUGAAGGAUAUGCCUGCUGUGCUUUGGAGGCUUUUAACUUAAUGUCGUUUAUGCUUGAGCAGUCUAUAGAUGAAUUGCAUGCUGUUUUAUUUUAUUUCCUGUUAUACCGUCUAUAUUUAAAUUCCCAUGCCUUCAUUGCUGCCAGAUCAGAACAUACUUCUCCCUCCUGAGUAGGUACCAGAAAGUUUAGCAGUAGUAGUAAUAAUUAUUUUAUUUUAUUUUUUUAUACCCCGCCCAUCUGGCUGGGUUUCCGCAGCCAAUCUGGGUGGCUUCCAGCAGAAUAUAAAAACAUAAUAAAAGGUCAAAUGUUAGAAGUAACUUGAAAUUGCCUGUAGUGGUAUUUAUCAGGUGUAAAGUAUUCCUAUUUGAUGCUUCAGCAUGGCUCUGACAAGGUGAAUCCUUUCCCACAAUGAAGGGCUGCUGUUACUCUGUUGUACUAUCAGAACAUUUUAGCUAAAGCAGAGAGCAGCUGCCUUUUGCAGUUCAGCAAGUGGAGAAAGCUUUAAGGGCCUUCAGUUUCUUGCUGUGUCUGUAAAAUUCCUAUAUCAUGGAAGUUGAUGGUGCAGUUUUGGUAGCUCCAUUUUGCUUCCCGUACUAAUACUGUGAAUGCAGUAUUUCACUCCUAAUAUUUAUUUUCACUCCCAUCAUUUGAUUUUUUAGCCCCUUUCAAUAAUUUGAGAGAGUUCUUGGUUUUUACUUUGAAAUAGUGUAUACGUACGAAAGCAUUAUGAUUUGGUUUUAGGGUACUUGGAAAUAAGUCACUGCAGAGUGAAAUUGGUGCAUUCUGCUCUUUACUAUCCUAAUGAGAGAAUAGACUUUCCUUUUGCCUUUGCAAACAGCUCAUGUUACUGCAGAUAGGAGCAGCGCUUGGGCAGAGUCCAAGAUGCACCUGUCCUGUUAGGUGCAACUUCAGAGCAAUGACUGGAAAGCCUUGACUACAAGACACAUUUAUUCUUACUCAAGAUUUCAUGACACAAAGAAUCUGCCAUGUGAUUUCUCUACCUGAAAUGAACACUGCAGCUUUAUUGAAAGUUCUCGUGCCUUAGGGUUGAGCUGCAGAUGAUUCAUCUGAGUGGAAAACCUGUCCUGUGUAUAAACAUCUUUAGUGUUUUUUAACAAUGCCAACUUCCCAGAAGUCGAUUCAGAUGAAAUUAGUAAAGUGCUGAUUUGUGGUACUGUUCAUACUAAUAUGAGUUAUACCAAAGACCUGAUAUACCUAUUAAUGGAAAUCUCAUAUACGCCUAGUGAACUUGGUUCUCAGAGUGUAUGGAUCAUUGUGAGGAAGGACUCAGGAAAUUUUGGGGGAGCCCCAAGGUUUGCAGAAAUACAAAAAAUGUUGGGGCUGACUUGGAGAAAAAACAUAAAAUUGGGGUGGUGUGGGGAGGAAAGGUGGGGAAUAGAAUGGAGUAUCCUGGGAAAAGGGCAUGAAUCAUGGAACAUGAGUUCUCCAAAUGUUUUCUUUUGGGCCCUGGAGCUUGUUUGCACAAUCAGAGAUACCAGACAUACUUUGGGAUUUCUGUCCUGAAUUAGCACCCUUGUUAACAUAGGGUAUAUCUCUAGUUUUUUUGCUUCCUCCAUUUCUCAGGCUUUCAGAGUCACUGGGGUAAUUGUGUGGUUGUUUGGAAUUGUAGACUGUGUUCCCUUCUGCAUAAUUGUGAUAAUGAAUAUGUUUGCAUACUAAAAACUAAGUCAGGAGUUCCUAAUUGGCCAGAGGCAUUUCUGCUUUGCUUGUGCCUGACUGAAUCCUUUAAUAGCCAAAGAUAACAGAACAAAAUAGGGGGGUUUAUAAUUCCUUGUCUUGGAUUCUCAGAAUAGAUAACAGUGCAUCAUUAGAGUGAAACAAGUAAGCUUUAUUAUACCAUAUCCUAACCUCAACACCCAACCAGAGAGGUCCUAGCAUUUCGUUUUCAUAAAUCAGCUGAGGAAAGGCUGUGGCAAACAAAUCUGCAUCUGAAGGGAGUUUCCCUAUGAAUUUGGACAGGCUACCAAGCUUUCAUGCUGUUGAUCUUGGUUCUUAGGCGGUGUUAAGAGGAUGUGCUCUUACUGGUCUUCAGCAGUCACAAAGAAAACUUAGGAAACAUGUCCUAAGCUAAAAUAUAAUUUCUUAAAAAAACCAGAAGGAUUUACCCAUAUUGCUACUAAAUUCAUCAUUGACUAAAAAUGCUUUGCAGUUGCCAUGUUUGUGGGUUUCUGUCCCGCUGGUGUAACUGACUGCUUUGUGGUGAAAAUGAAGAGAUUGAUAAUGGAUUUAAAGGGCCAUGGUUCAGUGGCAGAGCAUCUGCCUUGCAUUCAAUCUCUAGCAGCGUCAAGUAGGGAUGAGAAAGUCCCUUGUAUGAAACCUUGGAGAGCCACUGCCACACAGUGUAGACAGCACUAAGCUGGAUGGACCAGUUGUCUGACUCUGUACCAGGCAGCUUCAGUCCUAUCAAUCAUUACUAAAUAUAUAAAAGUUCAGCUGUGAAUAUUUGUAGAAGUUAGGGGAGAGAAAGGGGCUGGGGAACUCAUACUCUCUGCACAUAUGCAACUAGCCUGGCUGUCUCAUCACUUAUAUGCUUCUUGGGUGCUGUGCUUGAGACUUUAAAAGCCAGUAAAGUUCUCAUGCAGGAGUGCAGAGAGUGGAGUUAAGCUGCAAGCAGGUACCGUCCACCCGUUGCACAGAUCAACGGACCAGCCCUGCUCUGUUGCUUUGCCCAUUAGCCAAAUACAGACAUCUCUCCCUCCCUGGAGAAGUUCUUAUGUUCUUUAUUUACAAAGGCAGGGAUUUCUGGGCCCUUCUUUUUUGUCCCAUGUGCCAGCUGUCACACUGGUCCUUUGAAUCUGAAGAAGUAUGAACUACACCAUACAUAACAUGAUUUUCACCCAGAGAAGGUGAAAAGCAUGCCCAUUCACAGGCAGCUUGAACAGCAUUGAAGUGUUCCUACCCAGCCUCCAAACAGAGACUGUAUGGUGUGGGACAAGGCCUUUUAUAGCAUCUCCUAAGUCCCAGUCUCACAAGGCUGGUAACAGGCAUUCUCAUUUGGUCUUGCAAUGGCCAUGAAAUGCUGGCCACCCCAAGACCAUUCCGGCCCAACAUCAGACACUAGCCCUCAGACACUACAGCAGUCCACCUCUUCACUGCUUCCUGCAUUUUGGGGAAGGGAGGGUGUCUUGUGAGAUCAGAAAGAUGAUUCUGCAUGUAAAGCUGUUCCCUUCAGCUGCUUUUAACAUAUUUAGUGGUAAUGUAUUCAGACAGUACUGUAUAAAUAGCUAUGAGAACACUUUUUUUUUAGUGCUACCGUAUAGUCCCAGCGGGGUGAAAUACCCUGUGGAUACCACCACUGUUCUCUCUCUCCCAAUGCAGACUUCCAAGUGCUGCAAUAUUCUCUUUUAAUCCUGGCUGUGUAGAAAUAGAGACCCACCUUUGAAAUUUGCAUUAUCAGAACCUCAUCCAAGGCUGAAAGACAACUGGAUUAGAGUGUGGUAUGGAGAAAAUGACCUGAAUUCUUCUUAUUUGAGGAAGUGAGUUUCAGAUUGCUUGGCACCACCCUUGUGCUUGGCUGAACAAAUAUUUCAGAUUCCUUGUUGUCAACAUAAAAUUUGAAGAAGCACAGGCUUCUAUGUGCCUGGGAUUAUCCUGACAAGCCCAGGAGCAGGGAGCAAACAAGGCUCAUAGUCCAGCUCCAUGGAUCUGUACUAGUAAUUUGUUGUUGUUUAGCCGUUUAGUCGUGUCCGACUCUUCGUGACCCCCUGGACCAGAGCACGCCAGGCACUCCUGUCUUCCGCUGCCUCCCGCAGUUUGGUCAGACUCAUGUUUGUAUCUUCGAGAACACUGUCCCACCAUCUCGUCCUCUGUCGUCCCCUUCUCCUUGUGCCCUCCAUCUUUCCCAACAUCAGGGUCUUUGCCAGGGAGUCUUCUCUUCUCAUGAGGUGGCCAAAGUACUGGAGCCUCAGCUUCAGGAUCUGUCCUUCCAGGGAGCACUCAGGGCUGAUUUCCUUCAGAAUGGAUAGGUUUGAUCUUCUUGCAGUCCAUAGGACUCUCAAGAGUCUCCUCCAGCACCAUAAUUCAAAAGUACUAGUAAUAAUACUAAGCAUUUAAUAUUGCAUUUCAUAGUGCUUCACUUUAUUAUCUCAUUCUAAUCCUGAGAGUUAGGCCAGGAUAAUCUUUCAGAUGGGUGUGUGAGUGAGACAAAGAACAGUGGCCACAAACAACCCAGCCUCCUACACCAAGACAGGAUCUGUGAAGAAAAGGAAGUUCUAAAAUUAGACGCUUUAGGUUGAUGCUGCAACAGGGCACCCACUUGCAGGUGGGUGGGUAAGUUUAUGCAAUGGUCCAAUCAAGAUAAUCGUUGUCUUCUGGCUGACUCCAAAGCCAUCCAGAUUGGCCUCCACCACGAAAGCUUUCAUGUGGCUUGCCAAGGUAGUGUUGUGUACAUACCUGGGGUUUUGUGGCAGGAAAGAUGACACACCUAUAUUCUAACCUCGCUGCUUGGUCACAUAAUUAGCUAUUGCAUGUUUUUAAUUGUACACCUUCAGACACUUUCAUUUUUGUUGCCAGGACAGUGUUUUUUUUUUUAUACUAGGGCAGAGGUUUUCAACCUUUUUGAGUCCACGGCUCCCUUGACCAACUACAUUCUUUCUGCGGCACCCCUGUAGGGCUCAGAAGCCCAAUUAUGUGACCCCUUGUCUGCAGAGCUGGCAGUUUCUCACCCUUUUUUGAACACCCUCCCUUGUGGAGUGUUCGCUCAGCCUCCUCUCCUCUCCCCUCUCAUUGGGAGUCCUCUGGACAGCUGCUGCUCCUGCCCCUGGUCUCUGAGCUAAACCCCCGCCAUGCCCCAAGAAGAGGUGCCUCCUCACCCUGCCCCACAGGGGCUUGGGACUUGUCUGUCUAUUCUCAACAGCAAGGGCAAGCGGACUGGCUCCCUUGCCCGCUUGCUUGCUUCCUCCGAGGCUGCUUACUCCUGGCAACCAGCCCCAGAGGCAGCAUUUGCCUGGGGAGCUUAUAGCCAGGGCUGCUGCAACAAACAGCUGUGCAAACCUUCGGAAGACAGAGAUGUGAGAGGGCAACGGAGGAGGGAGGGAAGGGACAGAGGCCAGUGUUGCCCGUGGCACCCCUGGUCAUCAUUCAAGGCAUCCCAGGAUGCCAUGGCACACUGGUUGAAAACCACUGUACUAAGGGAAUCCUUCAGAUCAAUUUGUUUGCUUUUGCAGGGGAUUCUAGGCCAUUAUCUGGGCUUGCUUUUUGUUCCAGUGGGGUUUUGCCAUCAUUGUGCAUGAAUGUGAUCCAGAACACACCUCAUAUUCUCCUACAGCUACAUGUUGUAGAGAGAAGAUCAGCAGUGAUGCACAAGCUGCUUUUCAGAGAAUCCUGUCUACCAUUGCUGAUUUUCCACCUGAGAAAACCCUAAUAAGACAGUAUGAAGCCUUAGAGUUAUCCAGAACACAGAGUGAAAACCACUAAACUAAAUGACACAGCGGUUAAAAUGUUGGGUUUGCAUCAGGGAGCCUAGCUUCAGUUUCCUUUUCAGCCAUGAAACUCACUGGGAGACUUUGGGCUAGUCACGAACUCUCUGCUUAACCUACUUCAAAUGGUUAUAGUAAAGAGAUUGGUAGGUGGGUGGAGAGAAAUGAAUACGUUGCCCUAAGUUCCUUGGAGGAGCAUAAAUUAUGAUAUCAAUAAUACGUAAGCUUAUUGAACCGGUAUCAUGAGUCCAGUGGAAUCCUAGUUUUCAGUGAUGGCUUAAACCUAAUUCACUAGUUUAAAAACCUACCUCAUCUAAGUGAUAGUCUUCCAAACGUCGCUCCUCAUCAGCUCACCUCUUUGCUGCAUCAAUAAUUGACAUAAUGUGCCUGACUGUGGAAGUUCAAACAGAAUAUGGAUUAUUUUUAUACCUGGAAGCAAUGGUAGGUGAAAUUGGAUAACAUCUGUGGACUGUUUUAAUAUUUAAUUAUUUUCCAAGUUGAUCUUGGAGCCUUAAAAGAAAUCCUUGCAUAUGUGUGUCCCCCUAGGAUGAAUGCUCUGUGAACCUUGGGGCUAAAACUGCAAAAGUAUACUUUUUAAGUGAAAGAUCUGCUCUCUCCAUCACAGCAAAAAUGAGAAGAGUCUUGUUAGCUACUGUGUGGACUAAACUGCUCCCUUAGCCUUCCAGCCUGGGUCCCCCACUUCCUCCUUAUAAGGAGGGGUCUUGGCUGUGGUUUCACAUUGUGGUAUGAGUGGCAAUCGCUUGUGGCUUCAUGUGGUCACUUGUUGAAACAGUUCAUUCCUCGGUGGUUGGAGUUCUGCUUUGUUAACCCACCAAGCUACAAGCAAAGUUGCUGAUAUUCUUGAUCAUGACUAAUAACCUAGAAGUUUUUGUGGGGAUGAAGCAUCAGCAGGCAUUCUUGUUAGGGCAGCAUUACAGCACACAGAAUCAUUUAUUUUAAUGUGCAGGCUUCAGUCCAUCAAGAUGUCACUGGCAAAAGAUACAGAGCAUCUCUUCCCACCAGAAACAGGCAUUUCACAGCGGAAGUUAAAACCUGAAGUUGCAGAUAAAUGGCUGCUUUAUAUCAGAUUGUGUGUUCUCAUUUUAUCCUCUGUUAUUUUCUGUUGUGGCUGAAAAGUUGGGCUUUUAAAAUUUUAUAUAUUGGUAGUUGAGAUGCCUUUUUCUUGGCCACACUGAUUUGGUAAAACAGCUGAAGGCUUUUGAGUGAGCACAUGAAUUUAUCACUUUUAAUUUUCUAUACCUGUGGAAGUUUCUCUUUUGAAAAACAUUUCUCCCUGCAGAUCGAUAGACCUUUAGAAAGCAGAUUGGCAGCGAAGCCUCUGAACCCAAUUUAUUCUCGGGGAAACUUGAUUUAUUCUCAGACAUGGUUAGCUGCCUUGUGGCAUGUAGCAGGGCUAAGAAAAAGUUCUGAAUGGAGAGAGUAAUCAAGAAUGGCUACUGGUCCCCAGUGGUAAAGUAUUGCUGGACAUAAAAUCUAAGGUCCCAAGGAAGCAACGGUUUUGAAAUUGGAUCACAGUCCUAACUUCCUGUUUUCUCACUAACAGGUUUUCCUCGAAAUUUAAUAACUGAAUGACAGGUCACAAAUUUAGCCUGAGUCACUGCAAGAUUUUCCUCCUUUCUUUACAUUUGUAACCAACAUUUUCUGUAGACUGGAAUUUAUGUUUGGAUAAGCAAGGGGUGCACAAAUUGCACCCCUCCAGAUGUUUCUGUACUACAACUCCCAUCAGCCCAGCCAGCAUAGCCAGUAAUCGGGGAUGGUGGGAGUUGUAGUCCAGAAACAUCCGGAGGGCCGUAGGUUGCACAUCCCUGCAAAUACAGUUCUACAAACCUUGUGUAUUUAAGAUGCUUCCAUAUGAACCAGAAUUACCCUCAUCUAUUUUUUUAUUUUUUUUGUAAAUAGCAUGGCAUAUUUGAGCAGAUUCUGGUCUGGAAGAAUCCCCCCCCCCCCCCAAACUUCCAAAUGAACUGACCUGGAACAGGUUUUUGUAAUUCUCCUCCCACCUCCAGGGAAUUUAUGAAUGCCUGCUAUAUGAGGGAAAAGUUAUGUUGAAAGCUCUCUUCCUUCCCGCCCAUUCAUCUAAACCUGGAUUCCUACAGAAGUAAAGUAUGUCUCCUAUCCUCACUUAGUCCAAUGUUCCUUCUUGCUUUAUACCCUUAAUACUAACUUUCAUUUGUUACUUGGGUUUAGAUAGUCAGAAGUGACGUUUAUAAACUUGAUGGUUGUGCAUGUGCUCCUGUUCAGAAUGCAUCUAAACUGUGGAUGAGGCAGCCUAUGGUUCAUUUGGAUGCUUUUUCAGUUCUACCUCAGGCCGGGGUGUGUGUGUAUGGGUCAUAUGUGGACCUCCAGGCCUCUGUCCCCGGGGACUUUCCCCCGGUCACAUCCAUCACCAGCCUUGCUUCAAACUCUCCUUCAGCGUUUUUACCUAGCUAUAAUGUUAUAUGCAAAUGCGAACCAUUAAUGCCUCUUGCUUUUCUGGAUGGAGAAUAGAGGUGUGGGUAUAGAAAGUAGCCUGCUGUACCAUGAUAAACCUUACACUCACUUCUCCACUGGUUUGCCUUAGUGCCCCCACUCUGAGAAUGUGGUCGCUGGAAGGGAAUGCAGCCCUCUGCUGUAAAGGGUACCCCACCCAUCUUAAGACAGAGAACCUUGCAAAACGUCUCUUGGUAACAAAUGCUAAGCAGGUAAUAACUUUGCUUGAAAUACAGAAAACAAUUUAGAAAUUUACUUUUAAUAUAUUAGCACACAUUCAGAAUGUUGCAUCAAAAGAUUUGGACUGAAUUAGUGUGGGCCAUUUGGUUCAUACACACAGACUUGGUGCUGCCUUAAGUUUUGAAUGCCAGAAGACUGCAUUGAAGAAUAAUUUUAUGCUGCUUGGCAAUUCCUGCUUUUUCUAAACCAGCAUCCCUUUCUCUGUUUAUCUGCAGUACUCAGUUACGGUGCUAACAUUAUCAACAUGUACUGUAUUCUAAAAACAGUAUAGUAAUUUGAGAGUACAGUGGUACCUCUGGAUACGCACACCCCUGGUUGCGUAUCCUUCAGGUUUCACCGCACAUGCGCAAAAGCGUUUUACCGCACAGUGCGCAUGCGCAGAACAGGCACCUCUUGUUGCGAAUUCCUUGGGAUCCGACGAGCUCCGGAACGGUUCCUUUGCACAACCGAAGGUACCACUGUAUUACCCCUAACCACGAACUUCAGUAUCUCUUAGGGUGCUUCCCAGCAACACACAUGAGCCCAUAUCCAAACAGCUGUGCAAUCAGUUUCAUGUGUCUAGAGGACUUUCGACUUCUGUCUCUGAACAUCAGUCGUCUGUGCCACAUGGCAAAGCACCUUAUUGAUUUUGAAGCAAAAUUUCUAAUGCAGUUUGCUAUGGCUGUGAGAAGCUGUCUGCUUCUCAGAAGAAAGAAAGAAAGAAAGAAAGAAAGAAAGAAAGAAGCAAGUUAUUGGGUUCCAACUAUAUGCUGUUGCUUUUCCUUAGCUUGCAUCAGGCGAGUUUGAAUAAGUAGGGGUCUGGUCUUGACAUAAGUAGCUAAGAUUUUGGGGACUGUGUUCUUGUUUCAGUACAUCAUGAAUGAGUGUAAUAUAAUGCUUGUGAAGCUCUGGUUGGACCCUGUAGAUCCACAGCUGCAGAGUUUGAUACUUGAACAGCUGUGUGUACGUGGAAAGCUCUGUGGAAGGUGCUGGGACAGGUACUUUAUUACCUAAUAGCUUAAGAAUGUCUUUAUGCUGUUCUCAAGAGGUUUUAAAAAGAAUUAUAGGAAUCUCAACUUCAUUCUAGAAACCCCAGGCACCCCUUUUAAGUGUUUUGUGAUGAGGUAGCGGUGGUGAAAAUGUGUAGGCAGGUUCCGCUUUGAGGGUCAGAUUUAUUACCCAUAUCCCACAUUUCGUCCUCGAGGGAAACGCAGAGUCGCUAACAGCAAAACAGAAAACGAAUUUACACAAAACACAAGAAUGAAAGUCAGUUUGACAAAGCAUACAAAUAUUUGGAAAGUCAGAUCUCAAUUGAUGUCAAAAAAUGCAACAAACCUGUCCAAUUUCUAGCAGGAGUUGAUUCAACAACAAAGGUCCCCCUUCUGUUCUUAAUGUCACCCCCCCAUGUCCCCAUACUUGGUCUCCUUUGUAUGGUGGUGGGAGCUCCCUGGUAUUCUUCUGACCAUGUGACCAAUCACAGAGGUCUUUCCCACCUGAUCAGCACCCCAAUCCUCCCUCUCCUGGCUACUACACCUCCUUCAGGCAACAGUGUUUUGACACUGCCUUCAACUUCAAGGACAGUGGCAAGCCCUUUUCCUGCUACUCACGCCAACUGCUGACACUAUAGUGGCGGGCGCCUCACAGUGUAGCAUUUGGUGGGCUUCUUUUUCCCCCGCUGAUGAAAUUUGUGUGGCUGAUUUGUUCUGUGAAGCUUCACUGAGCACAUUUGACUUAAUGUUGAAUGCAUAUUUGACUUCUUGUGUCUGCUGCAGAAAGCAUUCUGCACAUAACAGCUUCUCUCUCUCUUGAGCGGUUGCCUUUUAUUUAUUAGAACAUUUCUCUGCUGCUUUUCAUCUACAGAGAGAAAUACCAAAGCAGUUCACAAUAAUAAUAAAGCACAAUAAAUGCAGUAAAAUCAGUAAAAAAAAAAACCAAACAAACACAGUAACUAUUAUUAAUAAUAAUAGUAGACUCUCCUUGGACGAACAGGCAUGUCUUCAGAUAUGCCCCAAAUCAAUGUAAAUGUAUUGACAAUCACAUGUCAAAAAAAUCCUGAGCCAAGAAUUGUUUUUUCACUGGGGAGUGAGUAUUUUGCUAAGCUUGGCUAGUCUGCCCCUGAACUCUCCUCCCUAAAAGAAAAACUGCACCACUCCUUAACACUAUAAACCCCUUUAAUCAGUGUAUUACAAGUGUGUUGCACUAUAUGAUAUGUCUAAAACUUGGCGUUUAUUUUUAGUUUUAAAUAUUUCUAUCCCGCCUUUUAAAAAGCAUAAAAAACUCAAGAUGAUUAUCAAUAUAUAAAAUAAUAAAACCCUAUUAAAGAAUGAUGGUAAGGGAGAGAAACGGCCAAAAAAGAACCAUUUAAAAAAUUCAUAUUUGGAAAACUAAAAUGACUGGGAAUAUUAAAAUUUAUUACCACAGUAGCAUGCAUUUGAGGAUAAGCAACUUUCCAUUCCACUUAGUGAGGUCUUCUUCAUGACCUGGGCUACCUUUAGAGCAGUAGCUGCCAAUGCUCCAUGGCUUCUAGUACCUGCCAUGACACUUGCAAAAGGUCUCAAUAAAUAUCCCCUCCAAAAUACACAAUGCACCAGAUACAGGGUUCCCCCCCCCUUGCUCAGUUCUUACUUGAACUGGCUCAGUCUCUCCUACAUUGAACAUGCCCCAUUAAACAUGCCCACAUUGCACUGGAUGGCAGGAUUGAAUCCCUACCCUUCCAUCCAUUCUGAACAGAGGAGAGAUGUAAAUAACUUUAUCGCCGUGAGUAAGGGUGGUAGUGGCUGAUGUUGGUGCCUUUUCCCACAUUGACGGCUUGUUUUAGGGGGUGGGAUAUGUCCGCAGCCUUCUUUUGUCCUGCCUCUUUUUCUGCUUUUAUUUGUGGUAACCAUUUGGUCAUGCCCCCCUCCAAGCCAUUUUGUGCCUAGCAGUCACAGGACUUUCUCGAAAUUCCAAAUUCUUCCACUGGCACAAAGUUUGGCAACGCGGCUGUAGACCAGCGAAGUAUUGGCCCUGUGACUUCCAUAAUGAAAGUGCAAAAGACAAACAGAAAAGCCCAGUCACAAAAAUAGCACUAUCAGACUUCUGCAAACAUGGUUUUGGACAGUUGAUAGGAAAUGGAAGGAGGGAACUGAGCAGAUGGUUUCCAUUUCCACAGCCACCAGCUGAAAGAAUGUGCACGAGUAGGCAGAUAAGUAACCGGACAGCAUAAUUUAGGCUAUAGAUGAAGACUUUCAAGUGAAGACAAAUAAUUGGCUCACUGUCCAAGGGUUAUCAAGGCCCAUUUUGAAUUAGAUUGUUUCAUGGUCAUAGCAAUCCUAUAUAUUCUUAUUGAACUCAAGUGGAUCCUUGUAGCAAUAACCACACGUGAUGGGGAGGGGUCUCGACAGGACAGAACCUGAGGUUUGCAUAAAAACACCCAAGGGAUUGGGGGUGCUAAAUGGGUAUGAAAUGCUAACAGUUGGGGGAGAUGGAAGAUCUGGGGGUGCUGAGAAGGGAAUGCCACCAACUCUACUGGAAAAUGGUAUGGCUGACUGUCUUAAAUCCUUAACAGGAGUGUUCUACACUGAAGCAUUUUGUUGAAUGUCCCACUUGUUAGGCUAAAUACCUGUGUAAGGCUUUCAGCUGGAAAAUUAGUUCUGUAUUUGAGUGUGUGUUUUGAGAUUUCUGUCUGGGGCCUAUUUGACCAGAAUUUAUUGUGAAUUGCUCUGAUUCCAAGAGUCUGUUCAAGCAGUAACUGGUUAGAGUAAUUGAGCUAUUUCUUUGCCCGUGUUCAAAUAACUAACUCCAGCUGUCCAAGAAAGAUUGUUUUUAAACUGGGAUAUUCCUAGAGGUUGCCCAGAGGUGCCCAGGCUGCUGCGUAACACUUGCCUUGGCCAGCAAUCACACUAGCCUAAUGGAUGGGCAAGGAAGAGGCUGAAUUAUAACAUCAUGAUAACUUUGCAAGCUCAUGUGUAGCCUGGAUUCUUUAAGAGAUUUCUGCAGGAACUUUAGGAAAGGAAGUAAGUCAGUAGUUGAUGGUUCUCUUGCUGCUAGAGAUAGCUGGUGAAGUCCUUCAGAUUCAGGUCCAAAAAGAAACUUGGUGUAAUGCUCACUUCAGAGGAGAGGUAAGUACUAGAAGCUCCCAGAUUCUUCUCUGACCACCCACAUUGUUAGACCCAUAAUAGCUCAAAGCACAGGGGCAAAUAGCAAACUAUAAUUGAAGGCCUUGGAGCAGGAGGCUUUCUGGUUGCCUUUCUCCAUUGAUAGCAAUAAGAUUGUAUUAAAAGGCUGCCUGCACACCCACACACCCAUGGUGGUAGAGGGAGAUAAAGCCCACUCACUGCAUGAGAUCCUUGAGGAUGGAAGAGUCCCCUACUGGAGGUAGUUUUUCCAAGAUGUACUCUUGUACACAAAUCAGUGAAUGGCAUCUCCAUUCUUAGGGGCUUGGAAAACUGUUGGGGAAAAUGGACUUUGGGUGAAACAGCUUCACUUGUCUUUGAUCCAACCCAAAGUGCUUCACUUUGGGGAAGGAGAUGGGUGGGUGAAAGACGCUCACCUAUCUCUGCUCAAAGGUUAAGUAAUAAGUUUCAUGACACCUCAAAACCAGUCUUGAUGAAACCCUACAGAUGUUGCACCUGAUCCUUGUAAUAGGUAGAAGUUCUGUUUUAGUCGAGUUGAUUGCUUGCUUUAAGUGGAUUUAAAAGCAGAAAAUAGGAAACUUGGGCACUUAUUGUGCAUGUUAUCUGGCAGCGGCCCUCUUUGGUUUUCCCUGUAUGAGACAUUUUAAUUGGAGAUGUGGGGAUCUUCUGCAAGCAGAGCGUGUACUUCACUAUUGAUCUUCCCUGAUAUACAGUCCAGAUGUUCCACCAGUACUGUUGACAAAUGAUUUCCCCGGGCCAAUUUAGCAUCUAUAGUCUCACUCUAGUUUAAUGUAGCCAGAAUCUGUUUUAGUUCUUAAGCCAGGAUUAAUCUUCAUCCACCCCAUCUUGUAAAUGGAUGAAAUGGUAAGUAAUAUUGCAGACUGUUAGUGUUUCCUUGGUGUGUGUUGGAAAUGAAUUAAGCUUGCUGUUGGCUCCAUUUAGUGCUACUUAAUGUAAUAGCCAUUACCCAACAUGGUCAAUUUUGGCUGGGUUAAACAAAGAAAACAGUAAGGUGUAUUUCAAGGCAAUCUCUACCUGUAGAGUGGGAAACUAUUAAAAACAGCUAAAAAUAGGUCUUAUUUGUAGUGCCAAGCCUAGGGGUAAGAAAAUGAAUGGCUUGGGACUACUAAAAAUGUGGUUUGCAAUUCUGUAGGCUCAUGCGCCAUCUCCCUUCUCCCCCUCACAGGCAAAUUACAGUCUCCCUUCUGUCAUUCGAUUAUUGUUAUGUUGGUUUUGGCAGAAACACAAUUGAAGCUAACCAGGAUUGUCCUCAAAACAGUGGUUUGAAUUGGGCUUGCAAGCUAUGGUUCUUAGAGCAGUCUUUGUUAUCUGUAGCCAUGUUUAUCCUAAGCUGGUGUAAUGCUAAACCAUGGUUAAAGCAAACCAUGGGAGGGGGGAGUUCCUGGUGACACCUUUGUGAGCUAUGAUUUGAAGAUGACCCUGCUUUGUCUGUUCUGGGCCAGUACUCUUCCUUUCCUAAAUUAUUUUGGUCUAGUCCUUUCUUGGAUAAAGCCUUCUAGCUCCUUUUUUUUUUGUUAAGUUUUAAUUUAUAACAUGUAGAACUUGAAAGUGGGUCCUUUUCAUGUUGAAACUGACAAGGUGGUCCAAACAACCGUGAUUCUGGUUGUUUGCUGAUUAUGUGAGUAAUUUUAUGUGAGAAAGCCUCCUCCUUCCAGUCAAUAACUGCCGUCACUGAGACAACAAAGGCUUAGAUCAGGCUUCCUCAACCUCGGCCCUCCAGAUGUCUUGAGACUACAAUUCCCAUCAUCCCCGACCACUGGUCCUGCUAGCUAGGAAUCAUGGGAGUUGUAGGCCAAAAACAUCUGGAGGGCUGAGGUUGAGGAAGCCUAGCUUAGCUCAAGAAGGCUUAGAUUCUGCUCCAUCACCUGCUAAAUGUUGUAACUAAGAACUAGUGUCUGAACCUGUUUUUUCAGUCUCAGCCCAACCCCCCCAUAUGUGUGUGUACAUCUAUAUGUGUACAGUGGUGCCCUGCAAGACGAAUGCCUCGCAAGACGGAAAACCCGCUAGACGAAAGGGUUUUCCGUUUUCAAUGCACUUUGCAGGACGAAUUUCCCUAUGGGCUUGCUUCGCAAGACGAAAAUGUCUUGCGAGUCUUGAGAUUUUUUUUUUGCUCCCCCCCCUUUUUCUAAGCCGCUAAGCCUUUAAUAGCCUUUUAGCAGCUAAGCCGUUAAGCCUUUAAUUGCCACUAAACCGCUAAUAGCGCUAAUCCGCUAAGCCGCUAAUAGGGUUGCUUCGCAAGACGAAAAAACCGCUAGACGAAGAUACUCGCGGAACGGAUUAAUUUCAUCUUGCGAGGCACCACUGUAUCUCCUAUUUUUCAAUGUGAAAUUACAAAUUAGUAAACAUAAACUCAAAGCUAAUCACACAUGAGUCUGUUGAAGAAAACAAGAUAAUGGUUUAUACCCAAUCAUUGUAUAGGCAGAAGGAAGUUUGCACAACCAGGUUUUUGCCCCCCAAGCCCCCCCCCGAAUGUCCCCCCCAAGGGGUGGGGGUUCCUGAACAGCAUAGGCUAUGCUCCAUGGAACGGCAGUGCAGUGGGGAAAUUGCCUGAAAUCUGGCAGAAGAGCCCUGCACAAAACUGCAUCAGGCAGGCAUUACAGGCUUGACUACUGCCCUUGAUGCUGUCCCGGAAACUCCAGCGGGUGCAGAAUGCUGCAGCGAGGCUCCUCACGGGGUCUCUGCCAUGGGAGCAUAUUCACCCAGUGCUUUUCCAGCUGCAUUGGCUCCCAGUGGAGUAAAGGGUCAGAUUUAAGGUGCUGGUUUUGACCUUUAAAGCCCUUCAUGGCCUAGGACCCUCGUACCUACGGGACCGCCUCUCCUGGUAUGCCCCACGGAGAGCCUCAAGGUCCAUAAAUAGCAACACCCUAGAGGUCCCGGGCCCUAAGGAAGUUAGAUUAGCCUCAACCAGAGCCAGGGCCUUCUCAACACUGGCUUCCGGCCUGGUGGAACGCUCUGCCUCAUGAGACCAGGGCCCUGCAGGAUCUGAUUUCUUUCCGCAGGGCCUGUAAGACAGAGCUGUUCCACCUGGCCCUUUGGCUUGGAAUCAGUUUGAUUCCCUCCCCCUCUUUCUUUUUCCUUUCUCCUCCUAUGAAGAGAUUGCACCCUAAUGUUUUAAUGUUGUACCUUAAUCUUUUAAAUUGUAUUUUAAUCAACUUGUUUUUAUUAUUGGUUGUUAGCUGCCCUGAGCCCGGUCUUUUUUAUUAUUAUUAUUAUUAUUUUUAUUAUCAUUAUCAUUAUUAUUAUUAUCAUCAUCAUCACAGGGAAGAGGUGAUGGGAAAGACUGCCUACACAAACUGCCUUCUGCAUAUGCAAGCUCUGGGGAGAGGCCUCAGUCAAAAGGGCUGACUGCUAUUUCACAUAGAAAUGACAUACGGUGUGAGCUUCAAAUGUAUGCUUUGAGCAUCCAUUGAUUAUCUGGAAUGUUUGGGGCAACAGGAAUGCUAUUUCCAUAGAGAUGCCUUGGACCUUCAUGGGUACUUGGGAUUGUCGUGGACUUGGAUCACUGUCUGAAGCAAUUUGACAACUGAUAGCUUGAUGAUUUAGGAAAUAUAGGAAGCCGAAAUAUGCCAGGUCAGCAUGUUCAUUUGUUUGAUUCAUAAAAUUUUUACACUGCUUGGUUGUUAAAAAAACAAAAACAAAGCUGAAAGCAGUUUACCAAAAAACGAAACAGUAAAAAUCCAGAAUUUAUUUUAGCCAAAUAUGUUAUGUAGCCAAAUACUGUGUUGGUUGCCUUUAGCAAUUAAGCAGACAUUUGCUUGGAUUGAUCCCUCAGGGUUGCUCUUUACAUUUUUUUUGGACAUUGCAUUUCAAAGGAUUUACUUCAACAAUGGUAGAUGUUGUCUAACAGUGUUAGAUGAAAACACGGUUAAGUUAAACACCAGUACCCCAUAGUUAUUUCAUUAAAAACUGGCAAUGUAAAAUGUGAGCAUAAUGUUCCAAAUUUCCGAGGUGUGCAAGCCACAGUAAUAAUUAACUUGGCUUCAUCAUUCCUGAUUCUGACCACAGCUGAGGGGUGAUCACCAUCCAGCAAUUAAAUGUUCUACCUAACCAUGUUUAAUAAGAGUAUGAUGAAUAUGUUGCGGAUAAUGGCACCAAAAUGGCCAUUGUCACUGGUGGCCUCAUCUGUAGUUGAUUUUAAUUUAAAACAGUGUUGAAAUUGAAUAAUUCCAAAUUUAUGUGUAGCUUGUAGUUUUCUUCACUGUCUACAUUUGGGUAAGAUUGAAUAGCAAGUAUGUCUCGAACUUGGUGCAAUAUCAGUCUUGCAGCUGGUCCAUUCAAAUGUGAUUUAUACAUUUUUCAACUUUCACAUUUCUAAUAUCUACAAGCUGCUUUUUCUUUAGUGUACAAGUAAUACUUGAUCUGAUUAGAACACAUUUUAAAUUUACACCUAUUGGCUAGGAAGUCUCAUCUGAAACAUAAAUUUGUUAGUUGACCUGAAGUUCAAUGAGCAGAGUGUGUAAAUAAUGCAUAAUCUUGUGUGUGUUUUUCCUUCUGCAUCUCUUCCCUUGGGUUUUAAUGUUAGCCUGAGACAGAGAGGGGAAAGGGUCCUUUAGGACUGUUCAUGUUUGUUUGUAUCCCAUUUCUUGAGAAGAAAAUUAGCAGGAAUAUUUCCAGGUAAAGGAUCAAUUAGCUCUUUUACAGGAGAGCUCAGUGCUCAGUGGUUGAAGUAGAGAGAGAGAGAGAGAGAGAGAGAGAGAGAGAGAGAAAGAAAGAAAGAAAGAAAGAGUUUAACUACCUAUUUGAACAGUAGGACUAGCUGUUUAUAAACAAGAUAGCAAUAAACUGUUGGGCUAUGUCUGUGAGUUGCCAUCUUUGCUUUCCACCAGCCACUGAGUCCACCUGCAUCUCCUUUGGAAGAUGAUCCUGGAACUGCCAGGGGCCAGAAGACUUCCAUACACAGCCCCAAGAGACAGACAUCCUUUUCCUCCUCCUCUUCUUCUUCUUCUUCUUCUUCAAUGAAUUUAUAUACUGCCCUGUAUUCGGGGGUCUCAGUGUGGUUCACAGAAUAAAAUCAAAAUAUAAAACCACAAAAUAUCUAAUAAAAAUAAAAACAACAACCCAAUAGCCCCCCCUCAAAAAAACCACAUUUUAAAAGGGCAUAUGAUGUAAAUCAGAUCACCCAAAGACCUGGUUAAAAAGGAAUGUUUUUGCCAGGCACAUAAAGGUGUAUAAUGAAGGCGCCAGGCGAACUUCUCUGGGGAGAGCAUUCCACAGACAGGGAGCCACUGCAGAGAAGGCCCCGUUCUUGUGUUGCCACCCUCUGGACCUCUCACGGAGGAGGCACGCGAAGGAGGGUCUCAGAAGAUGAUCUCAGGGUUCAGGUAGGUUCAUAUGGAAAAAGGCAGUCCUUGAGGUAUUGCGGCCCUGAGCCAUUUAAGGCUUUAUAGGUCAAAACCUAUAUAUAUGAAGUGUAUGAGAGAGAAUGUGAAUGAAUGGUAGAUAAAAGCUUUGUGUGGAUUUUCAUUGUAAAGCUCUUGAGAGUUAGUGUGGCAGGGCUUGUGGAAUGCUGGACUGCAGAAACCUACUUCCAUAUCCCUGCUUGCCCACUAAACUCAUUGGGUGCCCUUGAGCCAGAAUAUCUCUCGGCCUAACGAAGUGGCUGUGAGAAGUAAAUUGAGCGAUUACGGGGAAGAGCCAUAUACAUUGACUUGUGCCCUAUCAAAGAAUUGUGGGAUAUAAACAUAAUGAGCUCCUUUGGGAGUCGAUCUUGACUCAAAAAGCGGAAUAUACAUAUAAGACAAUAUAAUUGCUAGUGUUAUUGGCUCCUAGUGAAUUGCUUUGAAUCCUGGAUGGUGAUGGUGAGGGGCUUGUGCUGUACAUAAUAGUUACGCAUCUAGAUGCUGAGUAUUGCAGGGGGAAAGCAUUUGUGAAAUCAGAGCAUCAUCAAAAUGUAAAUUCAAAAUGGGGUUUGGCUUGGAAAGCCUUUCCUGCUUGUUAGCUGGCUGGGAAUAGGGAAUUACUAAGUUGACGACGUCCCCCAGUGGCUCUUACCGUUCCUGAAGUUACUUUUUUAUGUGUUUGCAAUUAUGCUUUUUGCCAGCCAGUGACAUUUGUCUUGCUUUAUCCAAGUACUUUGAUACAUUGAGACAAGAGAAACCAUAGUUCUGAUGGCUGAUUUAUACACAUCAGCAGAACUAUCAGGAGCAGUCUUUGUCACCAGAAAGUUGAAAAGGAGCUGGCAGCUUCAUGAAGCCCCAUCAAAAUAUCUGCAUGCUGUUGUAAUUUACUUGGAAUGCAUUUUUGCAGAAACAGAUGCCGUGACAUGGAUCUUUUUAAUGAGGGAUAUGUAUGCUUUUACAUACAGUAUAUAUAUUUUAAAAGCCUUGCUGAAAAACCAAAAUCUUUGGUUUUUGAACCACCCCCACCCCCCUUUAUGGGAAUCCCCAAAUCUGUGACUGAAAUUAUACAAAUAAGACAACAGGUUCACUGUUUUGGUUGGUUUUGGUUCAAAAUAUAUCACUUCAUUUGGAGCUCUGUUUGGAGUAAGGAAGGAUAACAAGUGUGGGGUAUUGCAGACAGACAGUUGGUCCAUUGGGAAAGAGAUGAAGAGUGAAGACAAGAGAUUUGGUGAGUUACUGAGAGCCAAGGAAAGUGUUUUCCAAGGGUGUUCCCCCCCCCCCCAUGCUAUCAUAAAUUCCAUAUACCAGGAGAGCUCCCUGUUUCAAUAUAAUGGAGGGGGGAGUUGGGAGGUGAUUGGGUUUUGACUUGGCUUUGACUUGGUUUCUAUUCCUUUAUUGUAGGUUGCUUUGAGGGCCCUGGGGGCCAAAAAAUGGCCUGCGUGUUACAUAAAAUGCUCAGCAAGUGCCCUCUGUCAUUUAUUGGCUGUGACUCCAAUAAACACUUGUUGGGAUUGCUUAAGAAGAUGUGUGGGGAUGAGUGAUUAUUGUUUAUAUUGGCUGCUGGGUACACAGGCUUAUUCUGGGAGCCCUUCCUACUUUGUUAUUCCUAGAAACUAAUUAACUUUAUUAGAACAACAAAAAAGAUACCUUAAUCAUCAACAGGUGAUUUACUCAUUGAUGCUUUUUUAUUAUUAUUUAAAAAAAAUAACCAUUACAAUGGAACAAUAAAAUUCAACUUUUGAACAAUGCUAGGUAAGGUUUCUAUAGAGGUGGAUGCUUCACUGAACAACCCUUAUCUUUGUCAUUUAUCCUGAAACACCAAAGUCAGCAUACAGGUGAACAGUUCAAUGCUGCUGUUUUUUCUUUGUUGGAGUUAUUGAAUCAUUCUUAUUAUAAUUGGUUUGUAUUCUAUUAUAUUUGUUUUAUAUUUUUAUUGAUGUAAACCACUCUGGAGCUUAUUGAUCAAGGGUGGUAUACAAAACUAAUAAACAAAAUCUAAAGCAGAAAAUUGUGUCCCCUUUUGGAGAAGCCUAUAGUUACAGCUUAUAGAAGAAGCUUUCCAUGCUCAUAGACUUUCCCUCAGCUGCUUCAGGGCUGAGGGGCAAGCUUCCUUCACUUGUGCCCUUGGACACCAUGUUGCAAUGAAAUAGUUGAGCUGCCACCUAAACAAUGGCAUGAUUAACUUUAUGGGAUCCAUAUAUGACCAGUCAAUGGCCAGUGUGCCAGUCCUCUUUGUCCUCCUGCAUAUUAGCAUGCCAUUUCCAAACUUAAAUCACAAUUUCCACAUGCUUCCCAUUCCAUUUUGCUAUCAAAAGAGGCACAAAAGAAUCUACGAAAUAAUUACUUCAAGUGAUGCUCCAGGUGUGGCGUGAGAUUUCCACCUUCCUUUCCUCCCAAACCUAAGAACGUUAUGAUGCAGCUGGCUGUGUACAUUAAGGUAAAGGUAAAGGGACCCCUGACCCUUAGGUCCAGUCGUGACCGACUCUGGGGUUGCGGCGCUCAUCUCGCUUUAUUGGCCGAGGGAGCCGGCGUACAGCUUCCGGGUCAUGUGGCCAGCAUGACUAAGCCGCUUCUGGCGAACCAGAGCAGCACACAGAAACGCCAUUUACCUUCCCGCCGGAGCGGUACCUAUUUAUCUACUUGCACUGGUGUGCUUUCAAACUGCUAGGUGGGCAGGAGCAGGGACCGAACAACGGGAACUCACCCCAUCGCGGGGAUUCGAACCGCUGACCUUCUGAUCGGCAAGCCCUAGGCUCUGUGGUUUAACCCACAGCGCCACCCGCUUCCCUAGCUGUGUACAUUAUGACUCCAUAAAUUAGAAGACCUGCAGCAUCUGGUCCUUGGGCCUGCGCCUAUCAAGACUGUCACAACAGACCACAUAGAUAACGUGUCUGGUGGUGGUGAAAGCUAGUGGCUUACAGCCAGCAAGAUACACUUCCUUGUUACAGAGAUUUCUAUUGCCAGUUACCCAGUGAAGGAUGCAAGGUGUAGGGCAAUUGUCUCUUUGUCUGACACCUUUUCUCAGUAUUGAAUCUAAUCUGAGAAUGUAUGAAGCAUAGACAACCCUUGGCUGUGGUGUGGCAGAAGAUAAAUGGUUUGAAGUUCAGAGCAUCAGAAACACUGAAGGCUGGGAGAGCUUAUUCUGUGGUUGUCAUUUGAGAUAAAGUUGCAACUGUUGGUUAUACCACAGAACCUUGGAUCUUCGAUUUAAACAGGUUGUUGUUGUUGCCAUCCACCUAACUCAGGAGGCAAUUAAAGAGUGCAUCUUUGGCGGAUAAGUCAAAUCGUUGGAGAGUUACAGCGCCUGCUGCGGCUGUAGAGAUUGAUAUAGGAGAUACGUGUUUUAUUGCAGGUGGGGCAGAUGAAGGUGUCUGGUUUUGCUGAUACAGUUACACCAUGGCAUUUCUUCUCUUUGUGCUCCUCCCAGCCGUCCUUCAUCCUCUGGUCACUGUUGUGGAUACGCAACCUGACUGACUCCAGGCACUGUGAUGGGAUACCCAUCUGGCAGAGUUAGUGUUGCCAGCCUUCAUGUUGUGUUUGCAGACUUCAUAACAUAGAGUUGGUCUGCCAACAGGCCUAGUGCCUGAAGCCAGCUCCCCAUAGAGCACAUCCAUGGGGAUCCGGCCAUCUUAAUCUUCAAGAGUCUGCAUUCAGUAUAUCCAAAGCGCCGUAAUCUUGGUUGCUCUUUGCUGUUAUGAAAUUUAUUUUUUAAAAUGUAAUGAAGUCUUAAAGAUCCCCCUAGAUGGGUCCAAGAGCUUAUGCGCCUGCCCUGGGGCACUUGAGUGCUUCCAUUCUAAUUUCAGUAGCUUGUGCUGUAGGGGAAGUGCUCUGCGUGGUCCCUCCAUCUUUAUAAAGCACACUUUAUGGUGGGAGUGGGGUAUAAUCUGCUUGAAUUGGAGGAGGGAUAGGAGACCUAGAGCAGCUUAGUGACCUCCAGAUGUUUGAGACUACAGUUCCCAUCAACCCCAACCAGCAUGGGCAAAAAUUAGGGAUAAGGAGAGACAUAGUCCAAAAGAUCCAGAGGGUACCAGGUUAGGGAAGGUUAACAUAGAGCAGCCUUCAUUUAUUUAUUUAUUUGUUUGUUUUAAUGAAAUUUUAUUAAACAACAAACAUCGGCCCAAAUAGAAAGACAAAGUAAUAUGAAUUCAACAUAAGGAGCUUUUGAUGACAAAGUCAAAAGAAAAAGAAAAAAUCAGAAGUAAGUGUGAUGCGUACAACUAUAAAAUUAUACACGGGGUAUAAGAAUGCACUGAUCCUUCUGAUUUCAUCUCUGCCUGAGGGUUAUUUCUUAAAUAUAUGACAGUGCAGUCACAUGGGUGGUGAAUCCCUUCAAAAUAUGAUUUCAUUUGGUGACGUUUGUAAACAGGCAAGGCUUCUUUCUUUUUUCAUACUUCGUUCAUUCUACAAAGAGUCAUUGCAGUUGAAGGACAAGCUCCGGACAGAAAGAAGCACUCAAUGAGGGCAUAGAACGCACCUGGUGAAGGUGUGGUCUGGGGAGAAUCCUGAGGGCCAGAUAGAAAGGCCUGGCCGGACAUCCCCCACCCCUACUCUAACAUGAUCUUACAUGCUAUAUGUCUUGGCAGUUGGAUUUGUUGGAAUAGAACUUGAGCAAGACUGGGUAAUAUGGAUUUUGGGGUAUCAUUCACUAUUCGAUCAAGAAUAGUGGAAAGAAAGAGCCCACAGUUCCAAGAAACACACUUUAUGUGCCCCCUCCACAACAGAAGACUGUUGACUAUUCCAUUUCAGCUUUACCUUGGAGAUCCCUGAUGAAUAAAUUGUGUGGGUUUGCAUAGGAAACAUUGGGGAAUCUUCAAGAGAUUAGCUAUAAUUUAUUAUGCCAGGUGUUUCUAUAGUUGCAAGGAAAUGACUAUAGAGUCUACAGACACAGCAUGGAGUUCGUAUUUGGAGAAAUCUGUUGCUGUUGUGGUUAAAUAGUUUAAGAAGACUCAUCUCCUUGAAAAAAGAGAUCCGUGGUGACAGUAUGUAUCUAGGUUUUCCCAAGCUAGUAGAGAAAUCCCCAAAGCACAGAUACUUUUCUCAGCCUCUUAAAUUCUGUCUCCCUUGAGGGACUUUGGGCAAGCGCUCAGCCCUUACACCUUCUGGUUAGUCUGAAGUGCCUUCAGUAUUUAUAUUUGUUAUAUCUGGAAGUGCAACUGUGACAGGUAGCAAUGUGUUCCUGGGAUUUUUGUGGGCCUGGAGACUUUGGUUUCUGCUGCCAGUAGAGUUCUAAAAUACUGAAAAUACAAAAGUGAAGAUCUAGUCAUCUACUCCUUAUCCAGCCUGGUCCAUUUCCUCUCAGCUAUGAACCUAGUGUCAUUUUAACAUUUCCGACCAUUCCAAGUCUUCUUACCCUCUUCCUGUUCUGCAUAUAACAAAUUUGAUCUUCCCCACAUUUAUGUUUAUUCAUAGCUGAACAAAAAUUGCAAAACUGUUUUGCUAUCCUGUGGGGGGGAGAUGUUUAUUUUCAGUUGAGUUUCUGAAAAUCCUGGUGGGAAGGUAAGUGCUUCUGGCUGCAACUGGAAUAUUGAAUCUCAAAUUGAUAGGAACAUUGGUUCAGUAGGCUACUGACAAUGAAUGAUCAGAGGUCACAAGCCAUUAGCGAAGAAAGUUUACCUCUGAAUCAGUGGAUAAGGCAGACAUGUUAGCCCUAUUCAGACAAAUUUGUACUUGUAUGUCUGUGCAAUAUAUAUAAUUUGACUCCACCCAGACGGGGGUAGGCAGUUGAUGAAAAAUGAAGGCUGGUCUUAGUCAUGUUUAGAAUCAGGCCCAUUGACAUCAAGGGGACUAAAUCUGGAUGCAACCCAAUAUUAGCAUCUAUUUUUUCCCUGCAUUUAGCAGUUAACUGAAUAUCCUUACCUCUCUUGUUUGGUAAAUAGCAGUUCUGAGCAUCUUCCAUUUCACGCAGCCUAGCUUACUUGCACUGUUUUCAGAAUAAUGCAGCGCUACUAGCAGAAAGACGCGUGAGAGCCAAAGGGCACAUUCUUAAAAGCAGCUGCAUGAUGGGGCUCCAAAGUGGAAAUGAGCAGGGAUGUUAGGGGAAGGAGAAGAUUAACAACCCCACGCCAUUUCCCUUAUCAAAAUUUCACCCUUUCCCCAGGUGCUGUUGCCCCACUGGGUCCCCUUCAGAUUUCCCUGCUUCUAAGUAAAAGUGAAAAGAUUGAGAAACUGGGUCACAGAUUGCCUGCGAAAUGUGUCAUUUUGGUCCCUAGAGAGUGGAACAAGGGCUGCAGUUGCCAUUUCAACUGCUUGCAUGUGCUAGACCUACUUUUGAGUUGGGCUUGGUGUGGUUUGAUGUUCUCAAAUCCACCUGGCAGCCAAGCAUUCUUUGUGUCUUGUGUUCUGCAAAGUCACUGCUUGUUCUUCCUUUCUUUGUUUUGGCACAUACACAAGCCUAUUAUAUUAGCUCACAUGUUAGUGUAUGAAUCCUGCAUACUUUUUGCAUGUGACCAGGGUGGGUGUAAAACAGGAUUUUGUAACGUAAACAUGGAAGUGGAUUGCAGGAAAUACUGAGCCUGUUAUUAAACACCGCUUCUUUCUGUGUGUUGAGCGCCUUCUACAAUCGUCUUGCGUUGAUCUCGGUUUGCUGUAUGGUUUGUAAGCCGUCUCUGGCUUAUGCCUCUCCUCUCAACUCAGGGGUGAUUGAUGUCUUGCUGUUGCUGCUUGUGUGUAACUGAUCGUGGAGAGAAGAAACAGAGCGACUGUGUCUCCGUGAGAAUCUCUCUUAACAUUCCAGGAAGGGGGGGGGGCAGACGGACACAGCAUUAAUUGGGUGUUUAUUGUAAAGCCAUCUUGCAGACCUUUCUGCCCCAAGGUGUGUUUUGUUUGCUAUGUACACCUUCGCAUAGCCUGACUCUUACGGACAAAAAUUGCUCUUGUGUCUCGUUUUGAUCGCUUUGUGUAGCGCAUCAGUCAGGCAUGUACCGUGUAAUUCCGCAGCACCCAUGUCCCCUCCACAGAAACGAGGCUAGCUUUGUUCGGUGUGGCGCAUCAGGGAGCAUUUGGGGUCAAGCUUGCUAACUAGAGCGCAGAGCUUGCAGAGGCUUAAUGACUGCGUUAGGGUGUUCAAGCAGCCCUUCAUGUCUCUUUCUGGCUCUUUUCUUCUCCUCCUAGUUUACACACUUGCCUUUUGAUUUUCUGCGGGGCGGGUGCCACGUAGGAAAAUGGAACCAGCAACCAGCGUGGGCUGUCGCUUAACUAGCUCCCUUUUGUCGCAGAGAGGCAUUAAUGGUGCGCUCUGAGACGUCCUAAUGACAAGGAACCACAAAGCAGCUGCAAGUAAUGCAGCAAUAUGUGAUGUGUCUUGGGACGCACAACCGAAUGUGGAGGAGCCUAGGAGUUCCUGUUGAUGGCGCCUUUGCUGUGCAGUGUGGCCACGCUCAAGUCUAGGAGCUUAAGUGGGAAGGGGGGGGAAUGAUUUGAGAAACGCUGUUGCAUUUUGGUGUGGUGAAACUGGCCCCAAAGAUAGUCAUUCCUGAGGCAGGAAAUUUCUGAAUGGCACAACCCACUAGAAGUUCACUUUGCCUUUGCAGAAUCUCCCACUCAGCUGUCCUUAAUGGCACCCUCCUGUGGUGCAGUGGGUCAGUGCAUCUGGGUGUUGGUGGUUCAAGCCCACUGAGGACAGCUGUGGGUGCAGAAUUCCUGCAUUUCAGUGGGUUGGUCUAGAUGACCCUCGGGGUCCCUUCCGACUCCAGAAUUCUAUGGUUCUACUCUGAUGUCACUGCUGAGGCACCCACCUCACCUUGCCUGUCAGGGCUGCUUCUGAGCAGGCAGAACAGGUACUUUGCGUGUUUAAUCUAUCCUGCAUUGUCCAUUGACAAGUUUGUUUGGAUUCCAGGCAGUGGGAAGACAAAUGGCAGCAGUGGCAGCUGCUCCUUUCCCUCUCCCCAUCCAUGGGCACAGUGGCUCUUUUGUUCCAGGCUUGGAAUUAUACAGCCCUCUGGGCUGGCCCAUUAACCCAGUUUCCCUCCCUGAUGAGGUGAAUUGCUUUCUAUGAAAUGAGGUCCCUAUACAGACAGCCUCUGUAGCAAUUAAGAGCUUUUAAGCCAUGCGAUUGAUGACCUGUGCUCUGAAUAAAUCCUCUUCACUCCAGAUGCACCUACCAUCAAUCUAUCCCUGGGCUGGGUCUCAGCCUGGCCUUUUGCUUUUAUCUCACCAAAUACGAGCUUCUCAGAAUCUGACAAUUAAAACAAUUACUAAAUUGAGACAUUCAUGCUCUCCCCCCCCAUCUUACGGUUUUCACUGAAGAAGGCCAUCCUUCUAGCGAGACGGACCACCUUUCUCCUCUUGUGUCCUUGGCCUUUUUAUAUUUACUUUGUAGAUGUAAUGCUAGUUUGCUUUAUUUUGCAGUUCAGAAAUGCUGCGAGCAGCAUUUAAAAUAGCAAACAACUUAUUUAAAAGAAUAUCUAUUAAGGCGUGUAACUUGUGCCUUAAAAAUGACGCGACAACCUGCAGCCUGCAUUGUAAAAGCAAGACUUGGCAUUUAUAUAGUUAAAGGGUUUAAAAUUCUUAAUGAUUUUUAUAUUGAUGUGAUCCUCAACAGCCCUGUGAGAUGGACACAUCUGGAGUUGAGAGAGAGAGAGAGAGAGAGAGAGAGGCAGGCUUCCCCAAAGGCAAGCUUGGAUUCUUAACCACUUGAAUUCACUGUACCUUAGAACAAAUGGGCAACUCCUUUUUCCCUGUGGGGGUAAUUGUCAGGCGCUGCAUGCCAGUGGUACAAGGGGCAGGGGCAGGAAAUUGGUGAGGUCACCCCCCACCCCUCUUCCUACCCAGGAGGAUCAGAUGGUUCUUGCCAGAAGUCUGAACUUUUCAUUUGCAGAGGCUUUUAAAAUUGGGCUGAGGGCCACAGGGCCUUUUCCCAAUUCCUUUGAGUUCAGGAGGCCCUAAUAGAUGGGAGAAGUUUAGAUUUUCUUGCACAGAGUUCUGUACAUUGUAUUUGUCUUGUUUUUCUUGAAAGUGGUUGUCAUAACAUCACUUUAUAAGAUGUUAGAGCUGCUUAGGUGUGUGGAGGGAGGAGUAGAAAGGGAGAUACUUCCAUAUCACAAUUCUAGCUCUUUUUUCUUCUACCUUGCAUUGUGUGUAGAAUUCUAUUACUUCUGGAACUCUAGCUGUACAUUCCUUUUAACAAAUUACUGUACUGAGAGAAAAUAAAAGUCAGCUGUGUUGUGUACCCCAUCUGACUUGUUCCUUAUGUUUAUAUCCCCCACCCUCUUUUCUAUUAUGGAACCCAAGUGUACAUGUGGUCUCUAACCAGGCACUAGACAUAUCCAGGACUCUUCAGCAAGGGGGAAACCUCACGUGCCUGGGGUGCAUUUGCACAAUUUUAUUUUCUUGAGGCAAAAAAAUUCUAUUCCUCAACACAUUUCUUCCCUGUUGAAUGUUGCCGUUAGGUUCGCUUUUUUGAUCCAGUGCAAUUUUUUUCUCUUUCUCCAGGGUUGGGUACUGAAGGUAUCUAUCGGGUGAGUGGAAACAAGUCUGAGAUGGAGAGUUUACAGCGGCAGUUUGAUCAAGGUAAGUCUCGUCCAUUUUCUCUGAGGUGGGAUGGAGCAAAGCAUCUUAGAACUAUGCACAUCUGUGUUUCUGGAUCUCUGCACAACAGUGGAAGAAAUGCAAGUCUCUGUGUUGAUUCUCCUAGUCAUAUAAGCGCUAGCUGCAAAUCUAAAGUGUUAAGUGGUGUGCCCUCAUUGACUAUCACAAUGGUAUCUGAGUUUGUGUGCACUCAGUAUGCAGUUGCUAGAAGUUCUAGAUGUCUCACUAGUCCCAAGUCCUAACCAGCACCCUACGAACACAGACAAAUGUACCUCUGCUGUACUACAGUAGUUGACAUAAUUCCCUUGGUAAAUACCUAGGACCAUCCUCUUUCACUAAUUAAUUAAUUGAUCUGAUACUUGUAACAAAUCUCAGAAAUGUGUGCGCCUCCGUGGCAGCACUUCGCAAGGUGUAACCAUUAAAUUUGCACCUUGUAGAUCACAAUCUGGACCUUGCAGAGAAGGACUUCACUGUGAAUGCCGUAGCUGGAGCCAUGAAGAGCUUUUUCUCAGAACUGCCUGACCCUUUGGUACCUUACAACAUGCAGAAUGAACUGGUGGAGGCCCACAGUGAGUAUGCAACAGUUGGUGAUGAAAAGCAUUGUUUUUCCCGGAUUAGAGAGCCUUUUAAUCUUCCUCCACAUUUCUCACUUAGCGUCAGAUUUGGCAUUCCUUCUGUUUGGGAACCCAUGUUCAUAACUGCUGACUCAUGUGCGCAGCUUUUAAUUCCAUAUUUCUCCAUUUUAUUUCACUUCUGUGAUGUUGCCAACAUCAUGGGUGCUUAUGGCAAGUAUGUUAGGAAAUGGUUCUGAAGACUCUUGCUGUCCUAUUAAUCCAUCCUUUUUGCUCACCAGUCUUCCAUUCUUUAGACUGCGGUGUAUUAUGGGGUGCUCUUGUUGAUAAAAUAUUGGCAAUACUUAGUAGGCUGCCACCUUAAUAGGGAGGAGGGAAUCACAGAUGAUUGGGGGGAGGGAGAGAAAGACUCUGGGUCUACAUUUUAAGAAAGUAGGCUGAUGGAGUUGCAGAAUUUCCUUUGAGUCCUGUACCUCCCAGUGCAGUGAGUACAAAAUCCUUGGAGGACCGCUCUUGACUGCUGCACUCUGAUGCCAUCAGUGAGUGUGCUAUUUAAAAACUUAAUUUCUCUUUCAUGUUCCUAUUUCAAAAUCAGGUGUAAUGCUGUGGUUCUUUCUGAGUUGCAUGCACAAAUUAUGCUGGGGGUGGUGGAAUAGUGGAUCGGCUUUAAACUUGACCAAAUAUUUUUUUCUCCUCGAGAACUGUAGUUCACUAUUUCUGACAGGGCUAUUUAAAACAUUGCCUUUUAAAAUAAUGCUUUCUCCCUAAGGGGAUUUAGUGAAUGGAUGUGAGCCUUGCCAUGGCGACAUCUAGAGCGAGAAAAUAAAAUAGCAUGGGAAAGAGUUCCAUUGUGUGUGUGAAUGCCUGAAGCAGCACCUUCUUGAUUUCCUCCCUUUUUUUUACCAGUCUUAAGAAGAAAUGGUUGGCGCUUGGUUUUUGUCACGUAUCCGUUUACACAAGGGGUGGCCCUCCAGAUGUGUUGGGACUCCCGACUCUCAUCAGACCCUGUGGCCAGCAUGGCCAGUGGUCAGGGACAGUGGGAGUUGUAGUGCAACAACAUCUGGAGGGACACAGGGUUCACAUCCCUGGUUUGCACUGACUUAAAACCUGAGGUGUGGUUGCUGUAUCUUAGACACUGCAUGAAGGGCUUCAGAGCAGAAAGGCAACAACUCUGAAAUGAGGAGCUAAUCCACUUAAUAAAUUCUCCUGUGUGUGCCCCUUUGCGAUGAAUGGGAUAUUUCAAAAAUUAACCCCACCCCCAAAAUAGCCUGCCUGACGAAUGCCUUUUCAAGCCCGUUUGACACAUUUUGAUAACAUGAUAAAAUGAGCUUGCUGGGGCAUCUGGUAGCCUGCUUUGAACAUGCUUGGGAAUAGCAGGGUGUACGUUAUUUAAACCUUUUAGCACAUAUAUAAGCCUUUGCUAAUAUUGUUAAGGUCAGCAAUGCUGAGCUGCCCUGGCACAGUCCUGUUGCGCAGUCUACAGCAGAGGAGAUGCCAUGGUCAAAAUAUUUUUGGAAAGUGAGGUGGGGUGGGAGGGGAAGGUUAAAGCAAGAUGGCUUCUGAUACUUCAUGGGGCUGUCCCAAAGGAGAGAGCGUAGCUGUUAAAAGAGAGUAGUGGGUCUGAAUGACUGCUGGGUGACAUUUUACUUCAGGCCUUUGGAUGCAAUUACCGUAUUUUUCGCUCUAUAAGACGCACCAGACCACAAGACGCACCUAGUUUUUGGAGGAGGAAAACAAGAAAAAAAAUAUUCUGAAUCUCAGAAGCCAGAACAGCAAGAGGGAUCGCUGCGCAGUGAAAGCAGCAAUCCCUCUUGCUGUUCUGGCUUCUGGGAUAGCUGCGCAGCCUGCAUUCGCUCCAUAAGACGCACACACAUUUCCCCUUACUUUUUAGGAAGGAAAAAGUGAGUCUUAUAGAGCAAAAAAGAUGGUAGUUUAGAGGGUAGUAACUAUUAAUUGGUUGCACAGAGUCCCAUGUGGUAGCACUUGUGGAGGAGAAAUUGAGAUACUUGUUCGCUUAAAACAGAGCCUUUUACACCUAGUGAGAAAUGCGAAACUUCUCCCCAGUAACACCAUUGUAUGGACUGAGGUUACAGGUGUGUCACAGGUCUCUGCCGGAUGUGUUCAUUGGUGUAAAUAGUGGCCUAUGGCUGUAUUUCGCUAUAAAAAUAUGAAUAAGUUUCCAUGGCAUGGAUGCCUUCUGACUGGAUGAUUCCGCGUGACAAAAACAGAUAUUUCUACCCUAUUUGGUUCUGUUUCAGAACAUGCUCGGUUAAUUAACAACACACUUUGAAGCAAAUUGGCUCAGCUAUUAAGUGUCCAACCCAGAGUGGUUUUCACAGUAGAACCAUCAAAUACAGUAAUUAAAAAAUGCAGGAAUAAACAAGCAGUUUAACAAAUACAGUUAAAACCCACAUGAUACAAAAUGAGCAGAAAGUGUGCAAAAUUCAGCAAUUGAUCAAAGCAAGCCACAGCACCAGAUUAGUAAACCAAUAAUACGUAUGUGCAUUCUAGAGAGGUUUCCCUCAUUUGAAUUUAACACAAGCAAAAGCUGGGCAAUUCUUCAUGGCUUCCCACUCCAGAGAUUUCUCUUGUGAAAUCAGGUUUUACACAGACCUACUCUUCUGAUUAUUUUUUUAAAAAAGAUGGGGCAGAAAAACCCCACAAGACCAAAGAGUCACAUUUGAGUCACAGAAAUACUUUGAAAAGCAACUUCUGCAGGACUCAGCUUGGUGCAAAUCUAAGACACUGCCUUGGGUCUGAAAUGUUUCUUCUGUCCAUUUCAGACGCGUUCAGAGUUUGGGGAAGACUUUGUACUGAGCUCGCUUUAGUCUGUCGAAGUAGUGUGAGGUUUGGGGCCCUUUGCUUUAGAAGUAAUUUCCAGAGGAUUUCUGAGAGAUGUUGUUUGCCCCUUUCUUAUUGUGGCAUUAUGACAUGUAUAAAAGUAAUAAUCUUCUCUUUUCAAGUAAAUUGCCCAGCUGUUAGAUUUACCCCUGUGAUGCUUGCAUACCAUAAGAGAACCAAGGCCUUUGUAGGAAAGUUUGCUACCUGUGUAGGAAAUUGACAUAGUUAUGAUUCCAUAUUGGAAACCAAACAGGAAGCAGAGAUUUUCUUACCAGUAUUUGGAUCUUGAAAGAAAACAUAUUUAAAAAGAUUGACCUGUCAAACUGUUUAAUGUUAAAAGAGUCUCUCUUUAGAAUAGGAAUGAGUAAUAGCCCUGUGGGCCUUGGUUAAUACCCUGAUUAUCUCAUCUUUAACUUCUUUCUUUUUUAAAAAAAAAUGUAAGGUUCUAGCCUUUGUGGUUUAAUAAAGCUGGUUAUAAACUGAGGCAAGGAAAAGGAACCUCAGUUUCAUUGUAUUUUAACUCCCCAGCAGUUAUCAGCCCCAAAUAUGAAUAACUUGGUUCAAACUUAAUAUGAAGAUAACAAUUGAAAAUGGAGACUGUUGCAGAAGAAAUGCAACUUGGCAUAAUUGAAUGUGGUCUGGUACCUGUCAUGGUAAAAUAAAAAGAAAUUAUUUUAAUGACCUGCAAAUCAGCUGUGAUCCUCUACCAUGAAUCCUUCUGUGCUCUUUGGGUUUGAUGGACUGUUGAGUGUCGUUGGUGGUGGUUGGGCUUGUGGGAUUUGUGUUCCUGCAUUUACUCCUUAAACAUCAGUUGCAGGCCUUUUGAGUUUGCACUUGGGUAGUUGGAGAUCAUGAAUGCCUGUUUGCACCUUGUAAAAUUGUGAAUUCUGGUCUGUUUCCCCUUUAAACAGAGAUCAAUGACAGAGAGCAGAAGUUGCAUGCACUUAAAGAGGUGCUGAAGAAAUUUCCCAAGGAGAACUAUGAGGUCUUCAAAUACGUUAUCUCUCACUUGAGCAAGUAUGUUCAACGCAUGUUUUUUCUGUCCCUCUGAGAUGCAAGGGGGAGGGGGGGCGGAUCUCACCUUAGUUUUAGCUGUUGGUUUCUUAACAAGCUCUGAAGCUGUGUAAAGCUAACGUUGGGUCAUUUCACAGCCACAAUGGGGCAGUGGAGCCUGCCUGAAGUGAAUCUGUUCCCUGACGUUUCUCCCAAUUAAGCAAGCCUCCAUUUAUCAGGGGUCUCAUUAAGUUUGGUAAAUCCUGCUCCUCCAGAAAUUGGCAGCCGUGCUCUGGCAGAGCUUGUAUUAGGCCUGCUGUCUCCCCAGUUUCAUUAGCCAUGGCCAGGGGGCAUUUGCUGCUUUUCAGAGGUCAUAUUCACAAGGCUGCGCUCUUAAGAGUCCCAGUUAAUGAGCCCAAAUCACCACCAACCCUUUGGUUCGGUUCUCACAGCCACUGAUACAGAUCGUCGUGGCCCUAUAACACUUGAAGGUGCAUUCUUGGCAGCGCUCUUGAGAGCUCGCUAGUUCGGGGAAAACAAGAUGACUAAAGGAUUUUGAGGUUUUCCGCUCUUCUUGUAUAGUUUUGAGUGUAUCUUUGGAGUCCUGUUUUAAUCUGAGUGUGUUUCAGUUCUGGAGUGAUUUUGUAGUCAGCCCUGUUCUACUCUUAAAAGAAAGGAGGCAAAAUAAUCUCAUUGCCAUUUUUAAAAACCUUUCUGACUGGCAUGAGUAAAAAGUAAUUAAUGUUUAGGACCCUCUUACGUUUGCCAGCUGCAGCAAAUCUACCUGUCACCUUCAACCAAUGUUGUCUCAUCUCUCCCCCUGCCCCUGCAUUGCUCCAAUAACUCUCCCUCCUGUUCCUGGUCACUACCAGCACCACAAUCCUUGCUGCUGUGUUUCCUUACCUUCCUACAUAUGUGCGGUAAUAUAAGAGCAUAACUGAGAUACCAGGAGCCACCCAUGCAGCCGGGAAGGCAGUUGUCCUACAGCAGCAGGCUGGGUCGAGAGUUAGCCUGCCCCAUAACUUAGUCCCUGAUGUGCGCAGCUGCCGCCUAGACCCUUCUGUCCCUGCUUCAGGAAGCGUAGAGUGUACCUUCCGCUUUGCCCCGUAGCCCACAGCUCCCCUGUGGUUUUGAGCAGGCCUUGCUAACCUUGUGCGUUGGUGUCUCCCGUGUCUUUCCAGAGUAAGCCACAACAACAAAACCAACCUGAUGACGAGCGAAAACCUCUCCAUCUGCUUCUGGCCCACCUUGAUGAGGCCCGACUUCAGCACCAUGGAUGCUCUCACUGCUACUCGUAUUUAUCAGACAAUCAUAGAACUCUUCAUCCAUCAAUGCCCUUUCUUUUUCUACAAUCGGCCCAUCAUUGAGCCUCCUGGGGCCAUGCCCAGCUCUCCCUCCGCCAUUCCUGCCAGCACGCCUUUCCUGUCCUCCGCACCUGUGAUGGCCCAGCCGUCCCCUCCACAGACUCCUCCUCCCCCCUCGCCGCAGUCUCCCCUCCAGCCCCUUCUCGCCCCACAGCUUCAGGCUGAGCAGCACACACUGUGA